AUGCUCCAGCUCAGACCCAGGCUCAGGCUCCUACCGCUGCUCUACCUCUGCUUCGUCUUUUUCCCCCUUCCAGCCAGCAACCAGACCACCGGCCACCGAGGAGGAUCGGCAGCAGGGGCAGGAAGAAGUGGAUCUCAGCGCAUCAAGGUGCUCUUCACCCCGACCAUCUGCAAGGUGCGCUGCACCCAGGGACGCUGCACCAACUUCUGCGAGCAGGGCAAUGUGACCACUCUCUACAACAGUGAACAUGGGGGCCGGGCUGCACUGGGACCGGGCUUCAGAGUCUGUAAGUUAUCUCACUUCUUACCUCUGUUUACCAUCUCUCUCUGUAAGCAUGCAGUAUACUGUAGUCUCUCCAUAAGUAGACAGAGGACUCAACCCCGGCUUCAUUUACUGAGACCUCCCACUCUGGGGUCCAGACAGAGUGACAUUAGGAGUAAUGGGACUGAUGAGCUGGAGGUGUGGUUGUAGCAUCACUGUGAUUUUAGGUCAGUGGUGGAGACAGGUUUGGGAGAUUGGUAUGGGCUAGACCUUAAAUGUGGACAGGUUGGAGGAUGAGAGAGUAGCCCCUUGGCUCUGCUGGCCUCCUUUACAGGUAUUCACACCGUCUUGAGAGGCGACCAUCCAGACAUGUGCACAUAUUUACCCAGGCUCAGAGCAACUGCGUUGGGACCAUCCUUACAUGAGAUCCACCUCAAAGUGUGUGUGUGUGUGUGUGUGUGUGUGUGUGUGUGUGUGUGUGUGUGUGUGUGUGUGUGUGUGUGUGUGUGUGUGUGUGUGUGUGUGUGUGUGUGUGUGUGUGUGUGUGUGUGUGUGUGUGUGUGUGUGUGUGUGUGUGUGUGUGUGUGUGUGUGUGUGUGUGUGUGUGUGUGUGUGUGUGUGUGUGUGUGAGAGAGAGAGACAAAAACAGAAAGAUUGUCUCCCUUCCAGCACCUUGAUGAAUGUAAGACCAAACCUCAAGGUUAAUGUACUCAUUGAUGGAUCCAUUCUACAUGCCAGGGAAUCUCUGUAUCCUCUGUGAAUGUGUGAUCUUAUGACAGUGAAUAAUUUGUUCUUUGCAUGUAUUCUGUCUGUUGCCAUAUUGAUAGUGUUCCCAUCUGUAUGCGUGAGACAGACAGAGACCUAUCCUCUAUCCGCUCUCAGACCAUCCAUGAAACAUUAUUACUUGUUUUCUUUCAAGAUAAUGGUCCAUAUUUCCAUAGAAAUGACACUGAACAAAAAUAUAAACGCAACAUGCAACAAUUUCAAAGAUUUUACUGAGUUACAGUUCAUAUAAGGAAAUCAGUCAAUUGAAAUAAAUAAAUUAGGCCCUAAUCUAUAGAUUUCACAUGGCUGGGAAUACAGAUAUAUAUCUGUUGGUCACAGAUACCUUAAAAAAAAGGUAUGGGCGUGGAUCAGAAAACCAGUCAGUAUCUGGUGUGAUCACCAUUUGCCUCAUGCCGCGCGACACAUCUCCUUUGCAUAGAGUUGAGCAGUCUGUUGAUUGUGGCCUGUGGAAUGUUGUCCCACUCCUCUUCAAUGGCUGUGCGAAGUUGCUGGAUAUUGGUGGGAACUGGAACACGCUGUCGUACACGUCGAUCCAGAGCAUCCCAAACAUGCUCAAUGGGUGACAUGUCUGGUGAGUAUGCAGGCCAUGGAUGAACUGGGACAUUUUCAGCUUCCAGGAAUUGUGUACAGAUCCUUGCGACAUGGGGCCGUGCAUUGUCAUGAUGAAUGGCACGACAAUGGUAUCUCUGUGCAUUCAGAUUCCUGUCAAUAAAAUUGUCCCCAGCACAAGGUGCACCUGUGUAAUAAUCAUGCUGUUUAAUCAGCUUCUUGAUAAGCCACAGCUGUCAGGUGGAUGGAUUAUCUUGGCAAAGGAGAAAUGCUCACUAACAGGGAUGUAAACUAAUUUGUUCACCAAAUUUGAGAGAAAUAAGCUUUUUGUGUGUAUGGAAAAUGUCUGAGAUCUUUCAUUUCAACUCAUGAAACAUGGGACCAACACUGUACAUGUUUUGUUUAUAUUUUAGUUCAGUAUACAUGUCUGACUUUCCCUUCUAGUCAUUUUGACGGAAGUUAUUCAAGUGUGGCUCUAGCGACCCCCAUUGAGACUAUGGGUAGGCCAGAGAAGACAUGAGGAGAAAAGUUAGAAUUGUAGGCCAGCUGGAUUCAGCUGGUUCUCUGUUUGUUAUUGCUGAGUGUCAAGAAGAUGCACAAGCCCAGUCUCCUACAGUAUAUCACUGGUCUCAACAUGCAGGUGCACAAAGGAGAUAUACCAUGAUGUCUUAAACCACAUGCAGGGUUAUAUUCACUCUCCGUGGCAGAAAGGAAAUACAGGGGAGUAAAUAAAGUGGUAUUUGUACCACCCUCUUCCUUCUAUCUCUCUAUCCCUCUCUCUAUCUCUUUCUCUUGAUAUCGCUCUUUCUCUCUCUCGCAAUCUCUCUCUCCUUUACCCUCUUUAUUUCUUCACCCUUCCUCUUGAUCUUGUUGCCCAGCUUGUUGUAAUCUUGCGGUACUCGUUUCUGUAAUGCAGUAAUUCAUAAUGCGAUUUCUUUACACACUCACUGCCUCCUAGACUGAGACGUUAAGACAGACCGACACAAGACUCCAAAUCCGUCCUGGGAUUAAGUGGAGAUUAGCUGCAUUUGUUCAGUAAUAAAACUCAACUUCAGUGACACGGCUGCCUCGUGUCUGGCUAAUCAGAGAGAUUGUGUAUUUCUGUCUGUGUUUUGAUACACCAGGCCAGAAUGAUUGUACUUCCUCAUAGUUUCUGAACAAGCCUUAGUUUUAUGUUCUGAGCCAGAGUGCCUUGACCCUACAUGGGGGCCUUUUAGAUGUUUGAGAGUUGAGAUGAGAGGAGUUAGUUGCAUAAUGUUUGGAAAUUAUGGACGGACACGACUAGGGCCGGUGCGUAUGAAGCUAAUCACAGCCACGUGUUUCCUGUACUACCAUCAUGUCCAUCAGCGCUGGCUUGUUACCAUCAUCACAUCAUUUAUAUCCAGGCUCCAUAACAACCUCUCUGGUUUAGAGGAGGUGGGAAUGAAUGCACAAGAUGACCAUGUGUUGCAAUGUUUAAGAGGACUGCCUUGAAGAUGGCUCUUGAAUUACCUAGAUUACAUAAUGCAAUAAAACGCUACACCCAAAUUAUUGCCACUAAGAACCAUCUGUUUAAAAGUGUAACAAAUGAAAUUGUAUUGGUCACAUGCGCCGAAUACAGCAGGUGUAGACUUUACUGUGAAAUGCUUACUUACGAGCCCAUUCCCAACAAUUAAAAAGUAUGAAAAUGUUUUGCUAAAUAAAAAAAGGAAAUAGUAACACCAUAAAAUAACAAUAAAGAGGCUAUAUACAAUGAGUACCAGUACUGAGUCAAUGUGCAGGGGUAUGAGGUAGUGGAGGUAAUUGAGGUAAUACAGUAUGUACAGUACAUGUAGGUAGGGGUAAAAGUGACUAGUCAAUCAGGAUAUACUGUAUAAUAAAUACAGUAGCAGCAGCGUGUGUGUGUGAGCAUAUGUAGUGUGUGUGUGUAUGGGUAGAAUCUAGUGAGUGUGCAUAGAGCCAAUGCAAGAGAGUCUGUGCAAAAAAUAAAUAUUCAAAAAUAGAUAAUAAAAGGGGGUCAGUAACCAGGUUUCCAUCCAACCUUUUAAUAUUAUUAUUAUUAUAUUAUUAUGUGAGUAAAGUACAUGUCGGAUAACAAAUGUCAUGACGGGCCUGAUGGUAAACUUUCCAAAUGUCGAUAAAACAAAAUACGCUAGACAAGGUGGGAUCUUUUUGUGUAGGUAAAUGUAUUAUGCGAGAAAUGUUGGUGGAAAUGCAAAAUGAUGCAAAAUAUAUUGUAUUGUGAAACAAACAAGAAAUAAGACAAAAGAACAGAAAACUUGGGCGUGCAUAACUAUUCACCACCCCAAAGUCAAUACUUUGUAGAGCCAACUUUUGCAACAAUUACAGAUGCAAGUCUCUUGGGGUAUGUCUCUAUAAGCUUGGCACAUCUAGCCACUGGGAUUUUAAACCACUCAAGUGUUGCUUUAGCAGUAUGCUUUGGGUCAUUGUCCUGCUGGAAGGUGAACCUCCGUCCCAGUCUCAAAUCUCUGGAAGACUGAAACAGGUUUCCCUCAAGAAUUUCCCUGUAUUUAGCGCCAUCCAUCAUUCAUUAAAUUCUGACCAGUUUCCCAGUCCCUGCUGAUGAAAAACAUCCCCACAGCAUGAUGCUGCCACCACCAUGCUUCACUGUGGGGAUGGUGUUCUCGGGGUGAUGAGGUGUUGGGUUUGCGCCAGACAUUUUCCUUGAUGGCCAAACAGCUCAAUUUUAGUCUCAUCUGACCAGAGUACCUUCUUCUAUAUGUUUGGGGAGUCUCCCACAUGCCUUCUGGCGAACACCAAACGUGUUUGCUUAUUUUUUUCUUUAAGCAAUGGCUUUUUUCUGGCCACUCUUCUGUAAAGCCAGCUCUGUGGAGUAUACGGCUUAAAGUGGUCCUAUGGACAGACACUCCAACCUCCGCUGUGGCGCUUUGCAGCUCCUUCAGGGUUUCUUUGGUCUCUUUGUUGCCUCUCUGAUUAAUGCCCUCCUUGCCUGGUCCGUGAGUUUUGGUGGGUGGCCCUCUCUUGGCAGGUUUGUUGUGGUGCCAUAUUCUAUCCAUUUUUUAAUAAUGGAUUUAAUGGUGCUCCGUGGGAUUUUCAAAGUUUCUGAUAUAUUUUUAUAACCCAACCCUGAUCUGUACUUCUCCACAACUUUGUCCCUGACCUGUUUGGAGAGCUCCUUGGUCUUCAUGGUGCUGCUUGCUUGGUGGUGCCCCUUGCUUAGUGGUGUUGCAGACUCUGGGGCCUUUCAGAACAGGUGUAUACAGCUCUGAAAAAAAUUAAGAGACCACUGCAAAAAUAUAAGUUUCUCUGGUUUUACUAUCUAUAAGUAUGUGUUUGGGUGAAAUUAACAUUUUUGUUUUAUUCUUUAAACUACUGACAACAUUUAUUUGCAGAAAAUGACAACUGGUCAAAAUAACCAAAAAGAUACAGUGUUGUCAGAUCGAGAAUAAUGCAAAGAAAAUAAGUUCAUGUUCAUUUUUAAACAACACAAUACUAAUGUUUUAACUAAGGAAGAGUUCAGAAAUCAAUAUUUGGUGGAAUAACCCUGAUUUUCAAUCACAGCUUUCAUGCGUCUUGGCAUGCUCUCCACCAGUAUUUCACAUUGAUGUUGGGUGACUUUAUGCCACUCCUGGCGCAAAAUUUCAAGCAGCUCGGCUUUGUUUGAUGGCUUGUGACCAUCCAUCUUUCUCUUGAUCACAUUCCAGAAGUUUUCAAUGGGGUUCAGGUCUGGAGAUUGGGCUGACCAUGACAGGGUCUUGAUCUGGUGGUCCUCCAUCCACACCUUGAUUGACCUGGCUGUGUGGCAUGGCGCAUUGUCCUGCUGGAAAAACCAAUCCUCAGAGUUGGGGAACAAUGUCAGAGCAAAAGGAAGCAAGUUUUCUUUCCGGACAACCUUGUACGUGGCUUGAUUCAUGCGUCCUUCACAAAGACAAAUCUGCUCGAUUCCAGCCUUGCUGAAGCAGGUCAUCACCGAUCCUCCACCAAAUUUCACAGUGGGUGCGAGACACUGUGGCUUGUAGGCCUCUGCAGGUCUCCGUCUAACCAUUAGACGACCAGGUGUUGGGCAAAGCUGAAAAUUGGACUCUACGGCCCAAUCCUAAUGGUCUUUUGCAAACUUCAGCCUGGCUCUUCUUUGCUUCUCAUUGAUGAAGGGCUUUUUUCUAGCUUUGCACGACUUCAGCCCUGCCCCUAGGAGCCUGUUUCGAACCGUCCUUGCUAUGCACUUCACCCCAGCUGCCGUUUGCCAUUCUUUUUGUAGGUCACUUGAUGUCAUCCUACGGUUGUUGAGUGACAUUCGAAUGAGUUGGCUGGCAUCCCGGUCAGUAGAGAGUAGUUUUCGUCCUCUGCCGGUCUGUAGAUUUGUUGUCCCCAAUGUCUGCUGCUUGACCUUGUUCUUAUGAACCGCCGUCUUUGAAAUUUUAAGGAUGGAAGCAAUCUGACGCUCACUGUAUCCCUCUGCCAGUAAAGCCAGAAUUGAACCCUUUCCUUACUCAAAACAUUCCUUUUAAACUCUUUUGGCAUGGUCAAUUGUAAUAUUUUUAUUAAUAUUACUUUUGAGGUAUUAUUAGCACUGUUUUUGCCAUCCAGCUGGUCCUAUUGCAAGAGGAUAGUGAUGACCACAGCAGUGGAUUUUAUACUUUUCCUCGUUAAAUAAGAUUUGGUUCAUGUGAUCACCUAAUCAGUACCUAAUUCAUUAGAAUGAGGUGUGCCUGUGUUGGAAUUCAACAGACACUGGAAUGGAAUGGCUGUCAUACAUGUAGAGAUGCUGAUUUAAGAAAAAUUUGCAGUGGUCUCUUCAUUUUUUCCAGAGCUGUAUAUACUGAGAUCAUGUGACAGAUCAUGUGACACUUAAAUUGCACACAGGUGGACUUUAUUUAACUAUUUAUGUGACUUCUGAAGGUAAUUGGUUGCACCAGAUCUUAUUUAGGGGUUUCAUAGCAAAGGGGGUGAAUACAUAUGCACGCACCAUUUUUCCGUUAUUUUUUUUCCCGAAUUUUUAGAAACAAGUUAUUUUUUUACAUUUCACUUCACCAAUUUGGACUAUUUUGUGUAUGUCCAUUACAUGAAAUCCAAAUAAAAAUCCAUUUAAAUUACAGGUUGUAAUGCAACAAAAUAGGAAAAACGCCAAGGGGGAUAAAUACUUUUGCAAGGCACUGUAGUCUUACCAUGUAGGCUAUACGUGCACUCUAGCCAACAGCGUGCAGAUAGCUGUUUGCGCGCUGUUGGUUAGAGCACACGUGCCAAUACCAGAGUGGGCACACUCGCUAUAUAAUGCAGCAUUCUUUGUGAGAACCAUCAGUAGAGUUGAAAAUGCGAUGGAAACCCAUUUAACUUGUAUUUUUAUUCGGUACUUGGGAAUUUAACCACAAUGAAUGUUUAUGUGCACUACGUCAUCACGUACAGCCUUUUAUCUGCAAAAAGUACAUUUGAUGGAAACACAUCUCUGGUGGGAAAAUGUGCAUGUUGUUUUUAUGCGGAUUUUAGAAUAUUAGCAUUCAAAUCUGUCGCCAAUUGGAUGGAAACCUAGCUAAUGUAAAUUAGUAUUUGAUUAACUGUUCAGCAGUCUUAUGGCUUGGGGGUAGAAACUGUUCAGGAGCGUUUUGGUCCCAGACUUGGCGCGCCAGUACCGCUUGCCGUGCGGUAGCAGAGAGAACAGUCUAUGACUUGUUUGGCUGGAGUCUUUGACAAUCUUUAGGGCCUUCCUCUGACACCACCUGGUAUUUAGGUCCUGGAUGGCAGGAAGUUCGGCCCUAGUGAUGUACUGGGCCAUACGCACUACCCUCUGUAGCGCCUUGCGGUCAGAUGUCGAGCAGUUGCCAUACCAGGCAGUGAUGCAACCAGUCAAGAUGCUCUCAAUGGUGCCGCUGUAUAACUUUUUGAGGAUCUGUGGGCCGAUGCCAAACCUUUUCAUCCUCCUGAGGGGGAAGAGGCGUUGUUGUGCCCUCUUCACGACUGUGUUGGUGUGUUUGGACCAUGAUAGGUCCUUUGUGAUGUGGACCCGCUCUACUACAGCCGCAUUGAUGGGAAUUGGGGUGUGUUCAGCCCCCCCAUUUCCUGUAGUCCACGAUAAGAUCCUUUGUCUUGCUGAUGUUGAGGGCGAGGUUGUUGUCCUAGCACCACACUGCCAGGCCUCUGAUCUCCUCCCUAUAGGCUGUCUCAUCGUCGUUGGUGAUCAAUCAGGCCUACCACCGUUGUGUCGUUGCAAACUUAAUGAUGGUGUUGGCGUCGUGCGCACUGUAGUCAUGUUUCUCAAUGUAGGCCUAUGUCUACAGUCAACUAUGAACAUUUCAUUAAUUAAUAAUAACCCAGACUUGGUAAGCUUUAAAGAGCUGCCAAGUCAGUUGUUUGUUUUUCUAUGACCUGAGUAAUGCCCCAUACCUUGUAUAAACGGGCUCAGGGAAAGUACCCUCCCCUUUCAUCCGCUUAGCACACGUCUGGUUUAUAGGCUUGUUCCUGGACUCAGUCAUUCAGAUGAUGUCAGCUCAAAGUCAGACUCAUGUACAAACAAGCCCCCCCCCCCCCCCCCCCCCCCAAAAAAAAAUGCACACAGACCAUGUUACUGGCCGGUCACAUGUCAGGUGGGGUAGCAUGAAGCAGACAGACCAGGAACAAUGUCUCAUUAUCCCCUAGCACCAUGCAUGUUACAUUAGACACUAGACAGUGCUCGACUGUGUACUAGUGUAAAAUAUACUUGUUUUGUCUUGCCAUACUUACGGUUUAGUCCCUCUCUCUGGUCCUAUUGGCUACGACCCAAUCGAUGCCCUCUAUCACGGACUUGUGAAAAAUGUCUGUCAGGCAGAUGUGGCCAGCAGAGCCCAAAAUAUCUCUGUGAAUAUCUCAGUGCAUAUUUGACUGUUCAAAGAGGGACCUAACUUUUCAGCUAUUCAAAGCGAGGUGCUAUGGCAAAGUUGAUCUGGGAUAGUUUGGAUAACUGCCAUUAUGAUUAGCUUUAUUGUUGCAGUUGGAACUCAUGAUCUCAUGCUGAUUGCUAGCUACAAGUGAGUCUAUUUGCAAGAAAGCAUUUCAUUAUACCGUGUACACUACGCUUUAUCCUGUGCAUAUGAUAAAUAAGCUGUGAUUUGAUCCCAAAUGCCAGCUGCCAUGUUUGAAUCAAGUUGCAUUGCUGGUAUUAAUUCUGCAUUCACCUGAUAAUUACUCUUCAGCUUUCUGCUGUAUUAAUAUCCUCCUCACCCAUAUUGAGGUCUAUUCAGGGUUGUCUUGAUAAAGGUACAGGCUGGGUGUGCAUGAGGACAUCAUGGGUUAAGCAUCUCUGUGCAAGCUGUAGAAACUAUGGCCAGCUGAACCUUCCUUCUCCUGCAUGCAAAGAGGGAGCCCAAAUGGCAUGUGUCUUUGAUUUGCCUCAAAACAUCUCCCUGUACACACACACACACACACACACACACUUUUUGAUUCUUUCCAGGGAGGGCUAAUGCUGUCAGCCUUGAAGUACAUACAGUACACACUCACAUGCCCAGAAUGUUUGAAUGAUGACGCUCUCAUUUUCAAACCACCCUUUGGAGUGAAAUCCUCCAAGGCCUAGCUGUAAAGCCUGGGGACACAGGAAAUGAUGUCAUGGGGUCAUGAAAACUAAAACUCUACAUGGUGUGAUGACCUGUUGUUCCACACUGGCCUGAGAGAUGUACUGCAUUACAUGGAUAUGAGUGCAGUGAAAGACAGGGCUGACGUUCUGUGUCUCAUGGAGGGUCUGAGAAGAACUGGGCAGCUGCUCACUGCCUCUCAACAGCUCAGCUGACGUCACUGUUUUUCCUCGGAGGCACCUGCACCCUUGCAUGGCUACCCAUCCACAUCGCUCGGUUCAAAUGCCACGGCCACUAACGUUUCUUCUCCACGAUGAAUCUGGUUUGCUUCCUCCCCGACGACUUCUCGAAUGUGAACACAUUCAAACCGUUCUGAUUGGUCCCAACCGAUGGGUUGGACCAGAGCUGGUUGUCACACCCUGGUUCGGGGACUCAUUAUGUUGAACCAGGGUGUGUUCAUUCUAUGUUUUCGGUUUCUCUGGUGGGUGUUCUAGGUGGUUUAUUUUCUAUGUUUGCCGGUGUGACUCCCAAUCAGAGGCAAACGAGUGUCAGCUGUCGGCUGUUUGUCUCUGAUUGGGAGCCAUAUUUAAUCUAUCUGUUUUCUUUUCGGGUUGUGGGAUUUUGUUCGUGUGUGUGCGUGUUGUACCACAGACGUCACGGAUUCGUUGUUUGUUUGUUUUGCUCGUGUGAGCAUUUAAUAAAUAUACUAUGUUCACUCAACACGCUGCGCUUUGGUCUCCUCCUUCACACGAUCCUGACAGAAAAUCCCACCAAGACCAAGACCAGACCAAGCAGCGUGUACAGGAGCUGAAGGGCGAUAAUUGGAAACAGAGGAGCGAGAAGUGGGCGAGAAUGAUGGAGGCCUGGUCCACGGGGAGGAGAGACCCCCAGGAAAUUUUUAGGGGGGGGCUCACGACGUCGGGGCAGCAGGUGUACGGGUUGGAGGAGUGCAGGAGGUUGGCAGAUAGGGCCGCCAGGUUAAGGGGGCCACUGGUCACGAAGGGGAAGGAAGGUGUAGAGGCACGGCCAAGGGUACUGGGGUGUGUUACCAGUCCGGUCCGGCCCGUUCCUGAUCCCCGUGUAGGGCCAGGGGUGUGUGUCCUCAGUGCGGUCCGGUCUGUUCCUGUUCCUCGCAUGGAGCCUGUGGUGCGCGUCCCCAGCCCAGCCCGGCCUGUUCCGGCCACUCGCACCAAGGAUAAGGUGCGCGUCGCCAGCCCGACCCGGCCUGUUCCGGUCACUCGCACCAGGGAUACGGUGCGCGUCGCCAGCCCGACCCGGCCUGUUCCGGCCACUCGCACCAGGGAUACGGUGCGCGUCGCCAGCCCGACCCGGCCUGUUCCGGCCACUCGCACCAGGGAUACGGUGCGCGUCGCCAGCCCGACCCGGCCUGUUCCGGCCACUCGCACCAGGGAUACGGUGCGCGUCGCCAGCCCGACCCGGCCUGUUCCGGCCACUCGCACCAGGGAUACGGUGCGCGUCGCCAGCCCGACCCGGCCUGUUCCGGCCACUCGCACCAGGGAUACGGUGCGCGUCGCCAGCCCAGUCCGGCCCAUCCAAGCUUCCCGCACCAAGUCUGUGGUGCGUCUCGUCAGCCCUGUCCGGCUCGUCCCUGCUCUCCGCACCAAGUCAGUGGUGUGCGUCGCCAGCCCAUUCCGGUCCAUUCCUGCUCCACGCACCAAGCCAGGGGCGCGUGUCGUCAGUCCGGCUCCGGCCAGCGGGGCUAGACAGGACCAGGAGUACUUUGGGGGGUUGGAGAGGAAGUGGGGAUCAAGCCCGGAGCCGGAGCCGCCGCCGAGGAAGAAUGCCCACCCAGCCCUCCCCUGUUUUGCUCAUAUUUAGGCGCGGUCACAGUCCGCGCCUUUAGGGGGGGGUACUGUCACACCCUGGUUCGGGGACUCAUUAUGUUGAACCAGGGUGUGUUCAUUCUAUGUUUUCGGUUUCUCUGGUGGGUGUUCUAGGUGGUUUAUUUUCUAUGUUUGCCGGUGUGACUCCCAAUCAGAGGCAAACGAGUGUCAGCUGUCGGCUGUUUGUCUCUGAUUGGGAGCCAUAUUUAAUCUAUCUGUUUUCUUUUCGGGUUGUGGGAUUUUGUUCGUGUGUGUGCGUGUUGUACCACAGACGUCACGGAUUCGUUGUUUGUUUGUUUUGCUCGUGUGAGCAUUUAAUAAAUAUACUAUGUUCACUCAACACGCUGCGCUUUGGUCUCCUCCUUCACACGAUCCUGACACUGGUCUACAUGAAUCAGCACAAACAACUUCUAGGAUGGUAGGUUCAGACUCAUGUAUGGAGCGAUUGAUAGAGCAACGGAAUUAAAUUCAGGAUGAGUCAUCAUACAACCUUGACACCCCCCCCCCCCCCCUCUCUCUUUCUGCCUCUUUUUUCCCAUUCUGUCCCUCUCUCUGUCUGUCUUUUUUUUUGUCUGUUCCAUCUCUCUCUCUCUCUCUCGCUCCCUAAUUUCCCCUCUCCCUGUGUAGUCUCUGGUGGAUGGAUCCAUUGCAUCUGGAGGGACACACACGUCCGACUCGGAGCAAACAAUUAGGUCACCUUCUCAGUUUGCAUACUGCACAUGACCUCAUCACCACGGCUACGCCACAGCGGGGAAUACACACUGAUACACUGCAUAUGCUCCACACAUGAUUUCUCUACCGGAAAUCUACUCCACACAGCAGAACGCUGCUGCUCUAACCCCGGGGGCCGGACACAGGCUCUCUGCGAUAGGAACCUAGAGAACUCCUAAGCCACUGUACUGUAAAUUCCUCUUGUAAAAGGCCUUUUCCUGACAAAAACACCAACCUUUUUCCUGUUCCUCGCCAUGGCCUCUGGAACAAUGGGCAAGAGCGUGCCAGAAACUGAGAAAAUAGAUAGUUAGUUACGGUAGUUACCCCGAUGCUGACACGCUCACUGGAGCCCAGAGGACUUCGAAUUCAGAUGGAAAAUCAAUUAUGUGCCCCCCCUAGGGAAAGGAAGAACACUAAAAAUGAUGGAUCAGUGUGUACUUUGGACAGCCUUCAGCUGCCGUCGUCUUUCCAAGUUCCGGAAGGCUCGGGAAAGGUGAAGGCCUAUAAUCAGUGUGACUGUCGGGACCUCGUACAGUCCAAUAUUUGUGUUUUACAGUAUCCUCUCCAAACCACUCUGAGAUGUUCACCUCAGAGAAAACAGCUUUAGCUGAACCCCCCGUCUUGAGUGGUAAAUUACCACAGAACACAAACACAUUUGAGUGUUUAAGAGAGAGCAGGUUUAUAUUCUACCUAAUUAAAAUAUGGAUAGAAAGUAACACAACAAGGUCUAUCAGUACAUCCAUCUUUUUGUCUUUCUUUCUUUCUUUCUCUUUAUCUCUCUCUCUCUCGCUCUCUCACCCCCCCCCCCCCAUAUUGCGUCAGAUAUUGUUUACUAACUGUGCUGAGUUUAUCCUUCUGGCCCAGUGUUUGAUGGACAGACAGUUGGCCAGGGAGAUGCAUAAUGGACUGAUUAUAGAUGCUGAAAAGAUCAUUCUAUUCAGCUGACUGCCAGGCAUAUCUCUCUCUCUGCCUAGCUGCAUUGCCAUUGUAAAUUAAUUUCCAUGGACUUGGGCAUUGGCCAGGGCCAAGCUUUCCAACGUUAUUAUUAUUAUUAUGAGCAUUAAUACAGCGCAGCCAUGUGAUAUGGAAAGCAUGUGCUGGUGGACAGAAUAAGCAGAGGUAUGGUUUUCAUCAGAGUACUGCUUGUUUUAGCUUGUUUUCCAUUCAUUGUGGUAAAAAGGGGGGAAAUGAAGUAAAGAUGGUAUUUGUGUGCUCUGUAACCAAUCAGUGUUGUUUUGAAUGGCAUUGUUUACAGUGUUUCCAAACUGUCUAUCAAUUGUCUCUGUCACAAGGACAUGUGUUGGAGGUUUUCCCUUGUUGCCUUGGUUGGCCAGGUAGGCGUGAACUUAUUAGACUCUGCCCUUGGUUUUGUAAUCGGAUCGUAUCUGAAUCGUGAGUUUGUGUUGUUACAUUUGAACCGCAACAGGGAGGAACUCUUGGCCCUAAUGGUAACUGAACCAUGGUAAUCACUACAGGACAUAAAACAAUAUGGUUAUUGUUUCUCUCAGCUCCAGAGUUCUAUUUCAGUUGUUGAUGUCUUGGACUCCAUGUUUCUCCCUCAAUCUGGUCACAGUUAACAGAGCCAUUCUGUUUGUCUCCCUCCCUCCUCUGUUUCUCCUCCAGUCCUGUGCCCCAUGUUGUGUCAAAACGGAGGGGUCUGCAUCCAGAAGGACCGCUGCCUCUGCCCGCCAACCUUCACCGGCAAGUUUUGCCACAUCCCCGUGGCCACGCCCUCCACCAAUGACAUUGAGAAGCCUCUGCGCAUCCCCUCGGUGCUGGCCAGUCAGCAGCUGCUGACCCAGUCAGAGUACAUUCUCCCCCUCCAGAGCCAGCAGCAGAGCCACAGUCAGCCCAGCGGUGGUAAGUGUGACAAGGCCGGCCUCAUUGGUGGCAGCGGUGGGAUCUGAAUGGUGAUGAUUGAAACACAACUUGCUCUUAAGUUAAUACGUUACACACAAAUCUAUAAAGCAGAGUCCAAUGUCUCUAGUGAAGGAGUCUCUCCUUGACAGUAAGACUGGGAUAAAUAUCAAAUAGAAGAAGGAAGAGCUCUAGAAUGAGCACAAAGACGGCUAAUUCUCUGCAUAUAGAGGUGUGAUACUGACAUGUCGAUGAAAUACAUUUAUGACAAUUAUAGCAAACAGCCUUUUUUGAAAUUAUCAAAUUAACCAUCAUUAAUUGCCUAAUAAUGCAUAACAAAUUAUGCUUACGUCUGACAUUUAGUCAUCUGUGGUUUGGCUUUGAAUGUGCAAAAAUUGUCAACUAAGGUUCACACGUCACAUAGUUACAUAAAGUGGGUAUUUCCUGUAGAUUCAUUACAUUCAAACUGCACCGUGUGUGCUGAGCUAAAGAUGGAAUAUUAUGACAGUUAUACAUGACUGUUUUCCCUUGGCCAGUACUCAACACGUAAAUUGUACCUCUCAGUGCCAAUGGGUAAUAAGCCUUGAAACACGGACAGCAAUUCCUCUAGGUCUCUUAGACAAUCACUAAUUUCCCAUUAUUUUAACAUCAUUACAAUGCAUAUGAGAACACUCUGAUUCGGCUACUUACGAAUACUCUCACUGACUUGCCAAAUGUGCAUUUUGGAUGUUAUGACAGCCAGAUGUUUCUGACCAAAUUCUAUCAGUUGACGUACGCUCUCAGAUGGUGAAGUAUAUUUGUACAACAUGAAGAAAAGACAAACACUGACAUUGCCCUGCAUGGCGGUAUUGAGACCCUGGAAAAUGCACGUCAUCAUAUUUGCCAAUCACAACUAACUACGCAGUCAGUGAAAUCUGAAGCUUUAACACUGCAGUUACAGAUGGGACUUGUUUUAGGAUACAGUAUGGUUGGUCAUCUUCUGCUGCCUUUGAAGAUGUUAUCAUAAGAAUGCGACCCUGAGCGCAUGUGUAUUUUGUCCAUGCUCUAUAAAGCCUAAUGACAUCAGUGUGGCUUGUGUUCGCUCCAGGGGGAUGGGGGUUGGGGGGGGGGGGCUGGUGAAACACAACCAAAAGUUAAUGACUGAAAUCUAAACAGUACGCUGAGCUCAUACUAACAAAUUAAAUGUCGGGGUCAAUUAUGUUGACGAGCUGCUUCCAAAAGUCCACGCUCUAUUCCAGGUCUGGGAGAGUGUUUCGGAGUGGAGAUCUGAGGGCUUACGCAAUAUCACUGAGGAGGCCUACGUUGAUAGUGGGGUCUUAGACUUAGCUGACCUGCCAAUAGAGUACCACAGUAUGAGUCAUAAUACCCAUCAAACCUAGCGGUCAAACAAGGAAAUAGUUCCAAUCUUUUUUCCACCAUUCAUUCUUUCCAUAGGGGAUUUUAGAAACACUUAAAAUAAGGGCUGUAUUUCGUGUAUGCUUACCAUGGCGUGACGUUUUGAUAACCGUGUAAAUCUCUCUAGGACAAGGUGACUUCUAUCAAUAUAUUCCCCUGUAUUUACUCCCCAAAAAUGAAAUGCUAAUUAGCUGUUAAUGUGGCUAUAAUAAAGAACUACAAAUGCCAUGAUAAUAAUAUAAUAUAAUAAGCCAUUUGGCAGAUGCUUUUAUCCAAAGCGACUUACAGUCAUGCGUGCAUACAUUUUUACGUAUGGGUGGUCCCGGGGAUCGAACCCACUACCCUGGCGUUACACGCGCCAUGCUCUACCAAUUGAGCUACAGAUGAGACUGGAUGAGACCGCCGAGGCAAAGGUAAGAAUCUCUGGAUUAACAAUCUAUUAGCUAAAUUUAGUAAUGAAUAAAUUGGCAACAUUUCUUUAAAUUGACAAUUCUGUGAACUGUCUGGUGCACAUUUUUAAUUGACACAAUACCUGUCAGCUAGAGAUGAUGUGCAGGAGCUUGCAGGGAUAUGUAGUCUUGCAUGAUGUCUACUUUGAUGCUAAUUAGCAUUUUCGAAUCUGAGAGUAAAUAGAGCCGAAUAUACUGAUAAAAGUCACCUUGUCUGAGAGAGAUUUACAUGGUUAUCAAAACGUCACGCCAGGGUAAGCCUACACAAAACACAGCCCUUAUGUUUCUAACAUUCCCUAUAGGAAAAAUGAAUGGUGUUUGACCGCUAGGUUUUAUGGGUAUUAUGACAUCUCCACUGUGGGGCUCUAUUCUGUAGUGUUUAUCAUAAAACAUCUUUGUCACAAAUCCACUUAUAUCAGCAAUAUACUGUACCUCUUUCUAAUGGCAAUUUUGCUACCCUGAUAUUUUUUCUAGCGCAGCCAGGACUCUUACACUCUAGUUCCUUGGCAACUUGUGAUGCAAUUUAGCAUCACAACCGCAUUUUGACAACCAUCAAUUGUACCACCACUAAGGGCUAUGCAGCCUGUGGUGAACGUUUCCUCUCUUCUCUUGAGGAGGAGUGUAUUUAGGAGGGAUGAUGAAUGCUCUGUUUUCAUCUCCUUGUGGCUAAAUGGCAAACUUUUUUUAGCGUGAAAAACACAGGCGGACAAAGGACACCUCUGUUGUGCUGUCAGGACCAGCUGUGAGGACGAGGUCGGCCAAUAGGCCAGACAGUGUGAAAUAGUGAACAGGCAAUUAAAACCGUGUACAUUUUGUCACAACUCGAGUGGGGUGUAGACAAGCAGCGAGUAAAUUCCAAAUUAUCUCAGAGUUAGUCUAUGAACAGUUAUGGGAAAUCCUACAGGGGUCAGACAAUGGGAUUGCUUGUUAACCACAGAGAGCGGACGCCUGAGACAUGUUUGGGUCCAAAACACUGUCUCUGAUGUGGUUCCAUUGUCUCCGCCUUUUAUAAUUGAUGCAGCCGUGUUGUAGAGUUCAGCAUGUUGUAAAAUCCACAGCACGAUAAUGGAACAAACAACCCAUCUGCACUCUCAUUGUUUUGGGGCAAAUGAAAAACACAGUCCAAACUGCAUCUGUAAAUGAAACAUUGUGUUGGCUGCGUAUCUCCAGGGCCCUGUAAACGAUUCCGUAAAACCCUGAAUAGUAAACCAGGUCCUAUAGGUCUGAUAUUACGGACGGAUGGCUAGGAGGUGAAGAGUCCAAUGUCCUGGGUCUUGAUUUUAAUGAGCCUUGUUCUUUGCGUUCUCGUUUUUUCAACCUAGAACAAACCGUGCACAACAGUUCCUUUAGCACAAACAGAUCUGGGACAUUCAGUCACCCAGAGUUAACUGAUUAACUCAUUGCCUUUUUAAUAAAGCCCAAGAAAAGGUUGAGAAAUGAGUCUGGGUCUGGCCUUCCGCUCAGUCUGGGUCUCUUGGCAGUGUAGUGGCGUCACCGUGGGGGAAACGAUGUGCCAACAUUUCACUCCAGUCUCUAAACGAUAAGAGGCUGCCAUCAUGACUCACAGUAAUAGCAUGUUUUAGGAGAACAGCCACUUCAUUUUCAGACACCCCACACACACCCUCCUUUGAUUCUUAAGAUCUGCUAUAGUAACAGGGCUUCACACUAGCUUCCUAACAAAUGGAAUGACUAAAGACCGCCAUUCAAUAUUUACCUUUUGAAUUGAAACCACAUCAAAGACUUUGUGUCACGCACCAAAGGCACCUCUCAUACAUGGGAGCUCCCAUUCAUAUCCACUUCCUUAGUUACCUGUCAGCACAAAAAUGCAACGUCAACCAUUCAGCCAGUGGUAAAUGUGAGCCACCGGGACAGAGUUCAAGUGAGAGGUCCGUCAUAGAAUGACCUCUGACCCCUGGAGGCACAGCGGGUCAGGUCAGGCUCUGUGCAGAGACUGUAUGGAGUCAGCCGUGUUUGCUACUGCUAACCCCCGCUAACCCCUAACCCCCACUCCCCUCUCUCCCUCCCCCCAGGAUCUGGCUCAUCCAUGGUCAAGGUGCGGGUGCAGCACCCCCCAGAGGCCAGCGUGAAGAUCCACCAGGUGCUGAAGGUAGGCUACGGGCCAGGCACAGUUAGGGAGCAGUCGGAGACGGUCACCUGGUCAGCAGGCCUCUCGGGGGCCAGGACCAGUGUUCUGCCAGGGGAGAGGGCCGAAGCCCCACCACCCAAAACCAGAGUCCAGGCCCAGACCCUCCAUGGUGACUCCACCUACACAGAAUAUUCCGGGUUCAAGUACUGCUUCAGGGAGGUACGCAACGGCCAGGUGAGACUUCGCAGAGGAAUUACUUCUACUAUUGAUACCUACAGAUAACUGCCAAAAUAAAAGAAACACUUGAGUAAAUGAGGGAUACAAAUAUAUAUUGGAAGCAGGUGCUUCCACACAGGUGUGGAAUUAACAUCCCAUCAUGCUUAGGGUCAUGUAUAAAAAUGCAGAGCAGGCCCAGUUGCCCAUUAUUUUGGCUACCAUGGCUAGAAGGUGCAUUAAAGCUGUUUUGGUGCCUCGUGGUGACCCAAUACGCUAUUAAGACACUUCAUGUUUGUGUUUCCUUUAUUUUGGCAGUUACCUGUAUGUACAUAAUAUGCAUCAAAUUAUGUCGCUAAGUCUUAAGCAAUCCAAUAUAAAUGGGUGGCAUGUCUCAUUGUGGUUGUGCCAGUUUAAAUCCAAUGCUCUUCUCUUCUCCUCUACCCCUCAGUGCAGCUCACCUCUCCCAGGACUCAGGAGUCAGGACACCUGCUGCCGAGGGAUUGGACUGGCCUGGGGCAUCAACGAGUGUGUCCUAUGUCCCCCUAACACAGGUAAAAGACCCCCGUCUAGUAGUCACCUGCCUGACUUCUAUAGUGUCCCUUUCCCAGUUCUCCUUUAAAGUGAAGCUUGGCCUUUCGUCAAUAUCCCUCUUCUCUUCCAUUACACUUGUUCUCUCCUUUCAGUCUUUCUAUCACAAAAUGGGUUAAUCCUUUUUCUCCCAUUUCUUGCAUAGACGGGCCCCCCAUCUUCUGUCGCCUUUGUGUACCUACCCCUCCUCUCAUCUCAAAGCUAAUAAUUAAAUACCAGAAACAAAUGGGGAGGUCACUGCUGAUUAGUAAUCCCAGGUGCAACAAUAAAAAAUGAGUAACACCUGUUGUACAGUAUGAUCAUAUGUACUCUGUUUUUUGUUUAGAUGAUGUCAUGUAUUGUAUAUGACGCCUGUACCAUGUUUGACUGAUUGUUUUUAGUGUCUGAAAACUCCAUUUGAGUGGUCCACAAUGUGUUUUUAAAAAAUCAAUUUGUUGUAUUAUUGUGGACACUUUACUACAUUUUCCGAAACUUUAUGUCCCAUGCUACAUUAUAGUGGCUAGCCUACCAGCGUGUUCUUGUUAAUCUCACCUUCACUACAUUAUUGACAUUGACUCUGGUUUUUCAAAAGACAGGAGUGCUUUAGAUUGGAGUGGAAUUCCUUUUAGAAACCUUAAACCAGAUGGCCUUGCUCUGUUGUCUGAAAUUAAAUAAGAAUUUACGUAAUAUCCGAUUAUUAACUAGUUAUAUACAGUACAUGAAGUUGUUGACAUGUUUUACUCCAGACCUGACUAACCUGACUGGAAUGUACUUUUCUCUUGGCCAUAUUUGUCCGUAAGUUGGCUUUGCCCUCUCGCCUCCUAGACCAUAUCAACAUCAUGUCAAAAAAGUAGUGAGCUAAUGUUCUGUUUUCAACUUCUUUCAUCACCACUAUUCAUUUUAACAGGAAUCCAGACAGUCCUGAAAAUGUUUUAGGUAACUCUCCUCAGCCAUCCCAGUGAAAUAAUGUACAUAAGGAAAAUGACUUGUUAUCGAUAAUGGACAUAUUAUUAUGUAAUAGACUAACUCCACGCUUAGCCGGAGCCAGUAAGAAAUACAGAACAUUAUGUCGCCUGCCCUGUGGGGUCAUUGAUUAAUACAGACACAUGGAAAUAAAUCACCAAACAAGGCUGUUUUUCCUCUCUGUUCAACAGCCUGGAAGAAAUGCAUGGUUUUCCUCAUUUUGAUUUAGACUACGAUGAAAACCUCCUCAAUUGCAAUUACUCCCUCCUUGCAAACAACUUCCCCAAACAUUCCCAUAAAUAUGUGGUUGAUACCACACAAUAGAGGCCUUGUCCAAAACUCUGGCCUGGGAUCACAGUCGUUUGAAACACUAAGUACUUUAUCCUUUCCAUUUCCUUUGAGGAAUGUCCUUUGAAUCUUUACUCGGCAACCUCAAGUCACUUCACAACUUCCCACUUGUCUCCCAAGCCAGUAAAGGUCCUCCAAAUAGAGCGUUGUUUGAUGUGAGAGGAGAGACAGCUGGGAGGGAGAUUGUUAGCAGACAGAUAACUAAGAUUGUGUGAUUUAGGCUGCCAACAGUCCAGCAAACAAUUGGGAGUCACAAAGCUAGCUAGCUCACUGGAGAUGUGAUUGUUAGCCAAUGUUAGAUGAGAGUGUGUUUUCCACUCUAGACUGACGGUACGUCAUGCUCGUAUGGUAAAAAAAAAAAGAUUUGCUUCGCUUGGUUUAGUUGACCCAGAGCGCUCCGGUAUAUCCCAUGGCUCCUGUACGCUUGGCUCUCUCUCUGUGGUGCUACAUGCUGCUAGUCUUCCAUGGUGGGAUCAGGGACUGUAUAUACAGUACACACAGAUUGAGUACUAAAAGUAUCUGAAAUCUCAUCCAGGCUCUGCAGGAGAAAGAUAGGCAAGAAACGAGUGACCCAGUGAAUUUUUAGCCAUCACUCUGGUUGUAUACACAGCUGUUGGCACUACAUGACUAGGUAUCCCCUUUCCCUUUACAUCAGUAGGGCUCACACAGUGUCUCUCGAGUAUUGCUAUUUAAACAUCAUUAUGUGAAUUGCCUUUUCAGGAAAUGGAGUCGAUGGGAGCUGUCCGGCUGGAUUUGAGAGGAUCAACGGCACCCAGUGUGUUGGUGAGUUCCAUCUGUCCCUCUGAGUACACCUGACUAUACCACUUACUGUAGAAUGAUGGUGGUCUUCUAUAAUCUUAGAAAAAAAGGGUUCCAAAUGGGUUCUUCGGCUGUCCCCAUACCUUUUUGGUUCCAGUUAGAACUCUUUUUUGGAUUCCAUGUAGAUCCCUCUGUGGAAUGGGUUCUAAAUGGAACUCAAAAGGAUUCUACCUGGAAGCAAAAAGGUUCUACCUUGAACCAAAAAGGGUUCUUCAAGUGGUUUUCCUAUGGGGACAGCCGAAGAACCCUUUUAGGUCCUAUCUGAGCACAUAUAAUCUCUCUGUGUCUGUAACAGGAGAACUGACUGGAAGAGAUGUAUGUUGAAAUGUUAUGAAAUUAUAUUUGACAGUAUUUAUUGUUAAACAAAUACCAGGUCAAAUAGGAGUGGAAAAGAGAAGCAUUGCCAUGGUCUAUCUUCAUAAUAUGACCUCUCUCAUUUUAAUUUGAUGUUUUGAGUGGAAUAAUGUACGAUAUCACUUCAUCAAGUCAGCAGCUGUAUCCUUAGCUUGUCAUACUGUAUUCCAUAUAGGCUCAGCUCACCCACACACACAUAGAAAAGCCCUUUGAAGCAGCUCAUUAUUCAACCCAGUCUUGUCACUUGACCCAGAGAUCUACUGCCGAGCGCUGAAGAGUCUGAGGUGAUAAGCUCUGAAACCACAAACCAUGCCUUGAUUAUCUGCCACUAUGGAAUGGCCGCUUCAUCCGUCUCUGUAGAGCCUAAUAAGAUAUGAGAGAGAAAGGAGAAAACAGAGCACACAUCUCCGCUGAUGGUAACAUGCAGAUGCUAUCACGCUUGGGAUAGCACUCAGAUGGGGACAUACCAAUGUGGUUGUGCUCAUUCAUGGUGAAUCUGCUAUUGAUCUGAGAGUGGCACCAUACCCAAAGGCAAACCACAUUGACACCAUGCCACUCAUCCAUAUGAUGAUAUGCAUGUAGUUUUAGUUGACCCAAUUCUUCAUAAAUUACAUAUUGCAAAAACAUCACCUGUGAUUCUUUAGAAUAGGCUUGAGGCUCCUGGUAUUAUACUGUACAUGCACAUUAGUUAGCAGCUGAUAUAAAUGGAGAAAAACAACAUUGAUCUGUAAGUUCAAUUCUAUAACAUAAAGGAUCAUAUUCACCUCACUAACAUGCCUCAAUGGAUAUACAGUUGAAGUCGGAAGUUUACAUACACCUUAGCCAAAUACAUUUAAACUCAGUUUAUCACAAUUCCUGACAUUUAAUCCUAGUAAAAAUUCCCUGUCUUAGGUCAGUUAGGAUCACCACUUUAUUUUAAGAAUGUGAAAUGUCAGAAUAAUAGUAGAGAGAAUGAUUUAUUUAAGCUUUUAUUUCUUUCAUCACAUUCCCAGUGGGUCAGAAGUUUACAUACACUCAAUUCGUAUUUGGUAGCAUUGCCUUGAAAUUGUUUAACUUGGGUCAAACGUUUCGGGUAGCCUUCCACAAGCUUCCCACAAUAAGUUGGGUGAAUUUUGGCCCAUUCCUCCUGAUAGAGCUGGUGUAACUGAGUCAGGUUUGUAGGCCUCCUUGCUCGCACACGCUUUUUCAGUUCUGCCCACAAAUGUUCUAUAGGAUUGAGGUCAGGGCUUUGUGAUGGCCACUCCAAUACCUUGAAUUUGGUGUCCUUAAGCCAUUUUGCCACAACUUUGGAAGUAUGCUUGGGGUUAUUGUCCAUUUGGAAGACUCAUUUGCGACCAAGCUUUAACUUCCUGACUGAUGUCUUGAGAUGUUGCUUCAAUAUAUCCACAUAAUUUUCCUUCCUCAUGAUGCCAUCUAUUUUGUGAAGUGCACCAGUCCCUCCUGCAGCAAAGCACCCCCCACAGCAUGACGCUGCCACCCCCGUGCUUCACGGUUGGGAUGGUGUUUUUCGGCUUGCAAGCAGCCCCCAUUUUCCUCCAAACAUAACAAUGGUCAUUAUAGCCAAACAGUUCGAUUUUUGUUUCAUCAGACCAGAGGACAUUUCUCCAAAAAGUAUGAUCUUUGUCCCCAUGUGCAGUUGCAAGCAAAGAGCCACUGAGUUUGAAGGUAGGCCUUGAAAUACAUCCACAAGUACACCUCCAAUUGACUCAAAUGAUGUAGAUCAGAAGCUUCUAAAGCCAUGACAUCCUUUUCUGGAAUUUUCCAAGCUGUUUAAAGGCACAGUCAACUUAGUGUAUGUAAACUUCUGACCCACUGGAAUUGUGAUACAGUGAAUUAUAAGUGAAAUAAUCUGUCUGUAAACAGUUGUUGGAAAUAUUACUUGUGUCAUGCAGAAAGUAGAUGUCCUAACCGACUUGCCAAAACUAUAGUUUGUUAACAAGAAAUGUGUGGAGUGGUUCAAAAACAAGUUUUAAUGACUCCAACCUAAGUGUAUGUAAACUUCCGACUUCAACUGUACAUACAGUAUUACUGUUAUUUGACAGGAUAAACUUUUUCACUCCUGCAUCUAUAUAGAAAGAUUUAACAUAGUAACUGAAAUGGAUAAGGUGCUGACAUAUGAUGAUACAAACCAUAUUUGCAAUGCUGCCUUUAAAUGUCUAUUUGUAGCAAGAAGGUCUACUACAGUGAAUUGGGGAUGAGCUCAGUUCACUCCUAUUACCCAACAGAUGCUGCGUACGUUAGGCCAGAUGGUUGUAUAACCUGACUGCUGGAAAACCAUUUCUCCAGGAAGAGGCAGAUAGCAUGAGAAGUAAUGACUACACCAGGCCCUGUUGCAUCACUCACUCAAUCUCGCUAAUUCCCUGAGAGUUACAGUACAUCUCAUGUUGUAAGCUGCUACGAUAUUGAUGAGGACGGGGUUGGAUAAACACUGAUAUGUUUAUGUUAUGGUUUUCUUUUACACUCACAUUGGAUGUUGCCAGACUUUUUAGUGAGUGUUUCAAAGAUUAUGAGUUCAGGUUAGUUCUUCCAAGGUCUCAGUUAAAACUUCAGUUUACUAAAUGUAUUUGUUUCACAUAGAAUGAACUCUAAGCACAAAUGUUUGUCAUGUCUAACCAUCCUCAUUGGGUUUCAAGUUAGUCACUAUUAAUAUCCCCAGAAUAUGAAUGUCGUAUGUGACCAGGGCCUCCCCCUGCAAGUACAGUAUAUCAGUGGGAAGCCCUAUUAUCUCCCCGGCCUUCAGGAAGAGGGUUCAUGACUGUUUCCUGUCUGUGGAUCCUAUGGAUGGGGUUGGGGAAUAGGGACGUGACCGUAGUGUUUCCCUUCCUAGAUGUUAAUGAGUGUUUGCAGCCAGGCUUCUGUGAGAACGGGAACUGUGUGAACACUCGGGGGAGCUACAGUUGUGUCUGCAGGCAAGGAUACAUACUGGACGCCUCUCACGGGAUCUGUAUCUGUAAGUAGCCUACAGGGUGCCCUGCUCGAAGGAGAGGAAGGCAAUGCUGCGCUCGCUAUGCCGCGGUGUCUGGAAUGAGCAGGAAUAACGCAUGGCCGAGGUGCUAUGGAGCUGAAAUGUACAAAACAAUACACACAACCUCCCAUACAAAACAUGUUGAGUAAAGAGAUAGAGGAAAAUUGAAUGUGUUUAGGGUAUGUGUUGGAUAUUAGCCAACAUACUGUAGCAGUGUUUCCCCUAGGAUUUCUUUCAGCAGCAGUGGCAAAGGUGGGGUGGGGGGGUUAGUGGGCGUGGCCAAUGGCGCAAACCGACCCAAAACAAUUUCUGCAAUUCUACAGUGAGGGGAAAAAAGUAUUUGAUCCCCUGCUGAUUUUGUACAUUUGCCCACUGACAAAGAAAUGAUCAGUCUAUAAUUUUAAUGGUAGGUUUAUUUGAACAGUGAGAGACAGAAUAACAACAAAAAAAUCCAGAAAAACGCAUGUCAAAAAUGUUAUACAUUGAUUUGCAUUUUAAUGAGGGAAAUAAGUAUUUGACCCCCUCUCAAUCAGAAAGAUUUCUGGCUCCCAGGUGUCUUUUAUACAGGUAACGAGCUGAGAUUAGGAGCACACUCUUAAAGGGAGUGCUCCUAAUCUUAGCUUGUUACCUGUAUAAAAGACACCUGUCCACAGAAGCAAUCAAUCAGAUUCCAAACUCUCCACCAUGGCCAAGACCAAAGAGCUCUCCAAGGAUGUCAGGGACAAGAUUGUAGACCUACACAAGGCUGGAAUGGGCUACAAGACCAUCGCCAAGCAGCUUGGUGAAAAGGUGACAACAGUUGGUGCGAUUAUUCGCAAAUGGAAGAAACACAAAAGAACUGUCAAUCUCCCUCGGCCUGGGGCUCCAUGCAAGAUCUCACUUCGUGGAGUUGCAAUGAUCAUGAGAACGGUGAGGAAUCAGCCCAGAACUACACGGGAGGAUCUUGUCAAUGAUCUCAAUGCAGUUGGGACCAUAGUCACCAAGAAAACAAUUGGUAACACACUAAGCCGUGAAUGACUGAAAUCCGCAAGGUCCCCCUGCUCAAGAAAGCACAUAUACAGGCCUUUCUGAAGUUUGCCAAUGAACAUCUGAAUGAUUCAGAGGUGAAAGUGUUGUGGUCAGAUGAGACCAAAAUCGAGCUCUUUGGCAUCAACUCAACUCGCCGUGUUUGGAGGAGGAGGAAUGCUGCCUAUGACCCCAAGAACACCAUCCCCACCAUCAAACAUGGAGGUGGAAACAUUAUGCUUUGUGGGUGUUUUUCUGCUAAGGGGACAGGACAACUUCACAGCAUCAAAGGGACGAUGGACCGUCAAAUCUUGGGUGAGAACUCCUUCCCUCAGCCAGGGCAUUGAAAAUGGGUCGUGGAUGGGUAUUCCAGCAUGACAAUGACCCAAAACACACGGCCAAGGCAACAAAGGAGUGGCUCAAGAAGAAGCACAUUAAGGUCCUGGAGUGGCCUAGCCAGUCUCCAGACCUUAAUCCCAUAGAAAAUCUGUGGAGGGAGCUGAAGGUUCGAGUUGCCAAACGUCAGGCUAGAAACCUUAAUGACUUGGAGAAGAUCUGCAAAGAGGAGUGGGACAAAAUCCCUCCUGAGAUGUGUGCAAACCUGGUGGCCAACUACAAGAAACGUCUGACCUCUGUGAUUGCCAACAAGGGUUUUGCCACCAAGUACCAAGUAAUGUUUUGCAGAGGGGUCAAAUACGUAUUUCCCUCAUUAAAAUGCAAAUCACUUUAUAACAUUUUUUACAUUCUUUUUUCUGGAUUUUUUUGUUGUUAUUCUGUCUUUCACUGUUCAAAUAAACCUACCAUUAAAAUUAUAGACUGAUCAUGUCUUUGUCAGUGGGCAAACGUACCAAAUCAGCAGGGGAUCAAAUACUUUUUUCCCUCACUGUACAUAUUUUGCCAUGGGCAAAUAUUUUAUUUUACAGUUUUAAAGCUAAUUUCCUGCAAUUCUACACAUUUUGCAAUGGCUUAUACCGUGUUCUUAUGCUAUCUGAGAGACUCAAACAUUAGAACAAAAUCAAUGUCAUUACAUUUGUAUUAAUUUUUUUAUUCUCCCUGACUGUCUAGUUUUUAUUUAGGUGAUUCUUAGUUCUCAAAGGUGAUUUUUAUUAAGAACAUAUAUUUUAUAUUAGGUUUUCGUCAUUUAAGUUUACACUGAAAACGUUUUACCUACCAUAUUUUUUUUUUUUUCUUUUGGAGUGGCGUCAACGAUUUGCUAAAUGAAUAUAGGGGAAACACUGUGUAGGACAAGUAAACUACCUCAUGCAAUAAAAAUGUCCAUUAUCUUUAUUCAUGCUGAUCCCAAAAAUUAGUUAAACUUCCACACCCUUUUAGAACAUUAUUUAGUAAUAUUUUACAUUAACUGUGCUGUAUUAUAUCAUACAUAAAACAAAAUCUAUAUGCACAUCAUAAACAUGACAUUACAGCAUCUGAAUUUCUGUGACACUCGGCCUGCUUAUUCUAACUGGCAUUUUACGAUGGUCAGUGCUUCUGAAAUGCUGGUUGGGCUGUGUGUUGCCUUUGGAUCUGACACAGUUUGCAUCUGCUUGUCUGGGGGCUCCCUCGCUAUCCAGUCCUCCCCAGCUCUUGGCUCUAACUGUUGGAAGCUGUCUGUUUUGUGCAACGUUGACUCUGAGCGGUCAUCUUUAAAUAAUGUGUUACCAAAAAGGUCAUGGGAAUGCUUUCAGCUUUUCUGUUUUCUUGCUAUCUGAAUCGAGGGUUUAACAGCGAUAAAUCCUGACGUUUCUUAUUUUUUCUGACGUGAGGUACUUCUGCAACUCAUUGUCUGUCUUCAGUUGAAUAUUUAUGUUUCUUAACCCAACUAAAGCAACAGAAUGCCUACCAGAAUUGACACUAAUUGUGACACAAAAAGCAAAGACGAAGAGUACAGCAGCGUUAUACUUCAAGAUUAUGUGUCAAUCAACAAUCAGCAUGUGUUGGGCCUGCAUGUUGGGUUUGGUGUCUUCUUUUGCUUGAGGCCUUUUGAGACAUGAAGCUGUUUCUGUAUGGCUAUAAUACCGCUAUCUUCUCUCCACCAUUCUCCCAUUGGCAUGUCCUCACCCUGUCCUCCUCUUGCAGCUCAUAAGGUGAUCUCGGAGGAUAAGGGCCAGUGCUAUCGUAUCCUGAACUCUGGCUCUGGCCCUGGUAGCUGCUCCGUGCCCAUCCUCAGGAACAUCACCAAGCCGAUCUGCUGCUGCAGCCGGGUGGGCAAGGCCUGGGGCAAGAACUGUGAGAGGUGUCCCUACUUUGGAUCAGGUGACCUAUUCUGAUUCAAACCCCCCCCCCCCCCAUCAUACUGGUCCGGCAUUGGAUAAUUAUAAUGCAGCUAGUGCCCAGUGUUAACAUCUGCCUAUGUCACAAUAUAUACACUGAACAAAAAUAUAAACACAACAUGUAAAGUGUUGGUCCCAUGUUUCAUGAGCUGAAAUAAAAGAUCCCAAAAAAUAUCCAUACGCACAAAAAGCUUAUUUCUCUCAAAUUUAAAAGGCAUGAUGCACCUUGUGCUGGGGGCAAUAAAAUGCCACUAAAAUGUACAGUUUUGCACCAAACACAAUUCCACAGAUGUCUCAAGUUUUGAGGGAGUGUGCAAUUGGCAUGCUGACUGCAGGAAUGUGCACCAGAGCUGUUGCCAGAGAAUGUUUCUCUACCAUGUCGUUUUAGAGAAUUUGGCAGUACGUCCAACCGGCCUCACAGCCGCAGACCACGUGUAUGGCGUUGUGUGGGCGAAUGGUUUGCUGAUGUCAACGUUGUGAACAGAGUGCCCCAUGGUGGUGGGUUUAUGGUAUGGGCAGGCAUAAGCUACGGACAAAAAAACAAUUUGAAUACACAGAGAUACCGUGACGAGAUCCUGAUGCCUAUUGUCGUGCCAUUCAUCUGCCGCCAUCAAAUCAUGUUUCAGCAUGAUAAUGCACGGCACCAUUUCGCAAGGAUCUGUACACAAUUCCUGGAAGCUGAAAAUGUCCCAGUUCUUCCAUGGCCUGCAUACUCACCAGACAUGUCACCCGUUGAGCAUGUUUGGGAUGCUCUGGAUUGUUGUGUACGACAGCGUGUUCGCACAGCCAUUGAAGAGGAGUGGGACACCAUUCCAUAGGCCACAAUUCUAUGCGAAAGAGAUGUGUCGCGCUACAUGAGGCAAAUGGUUGUCACACUAGAUACUGACUGGUUUUCUAAUCCACGCAGCUAUCUGUGACCAAUAGAUAUAUAUCUGUAUUCACAGUCAUGUGAAAUCCAUAGAUUAGGGCUUAAUGAAUUUAUUUGAAUUGACUGAAUGCCUUAUAUGAACUGUAACUCAGUAAAUCUUUGAAAUUGUUACAUGUUGCGUUUAUAUUUUUGUUCAGUAUAUAAGAGAAUGGCAUUAUAUUACAAUUACAAAUGUAUGUACAGGUAUGUGUGUAUAUACAGUACCAGUCAAACGUUUGGACACACCUACUCAUUCCAGGGUUUUUCUUUAUUUUUACUAUUUUCUACAUUGUAGAAUAAUAGUGAAGACAUCAAAACUAGGAAAUAACACAUAUGGAAUCAUGUAACCAAAAAAGUGUUAAACAAAUCAAAAUAUAUUUUAUAUUUGAGAUUCUUCAAAUAGCCACCCUUUGCCUUGAUGACAGCUUUGCACACUCUUGGCAUUCUCUCAACCAGCUUCACCUGGAAUGCUUUUCCAACAGUCUUCAAGGAGUUCCCACAUAUGCUGAGCACUUGUUGGCUGCUUUUCCUUCACUCUGUGGUCCGACUCAUCCCAAACCAUCUCAAUUGGGUCGAGGUCGGGGGAUUGUGGAGGCCAGGUCAUCUGAUGCAGCACUCCAUCACUCUCCUUCUUGGUAAAAUAGCCCUUACACAGCCUGGAGGUGUGUUGGAUCAUUAUCUUGUUGAAAAAUAAAUGAUAGUCCCACUAAGCCCAAACCAGAUGGGAUGGCGUAUCGCUGCAGACUGCUGUGGUACCCAUGCUGGUUAAGUGUGCCUUGAAUUCUAAAUAAAUCACAGACAGUGUCACCAGCAAAGCACCCCCACACCAUAACACCUCCUCCUCCAUGCUUUACGGUGGGAAAUACACAUGCAGAGAUCAUCCGUUCACCCACACCAAUUUUCACAAAGACACGGCGGUUGGAACCAAAAAUCUCCAAUUUGGAUUCCAGACCAAAAUACACAUUUUCACCGGUCUGAUGUCCAUUGCUCGUGUUUCUUGGCACAAGCAGGUCUCUUCUUUUUAUUGGUGUCCUUUGGUAGUGGUUUCUUUGCAGCAAUUCGACCAUGAAGGCCUGAUUCACCUUCAUGUCUUAAAGUAAUGACGGACUGUCGUUUCUCUUUGCUUAUUUGAGCUGUUCUUGCCAUAAUAUGGACUUGAUCUUUUACCAAAUAGGGCUAUCUUCUGUAUACCCACUUGACCUUGUCACAACACAACUGAUUGGCUCAAACGCAUUAAGAAGGAAAUAAAUUCCACAAAUUAACUUUUAAGAAGGCACAAUUGAAAUGCAUUCCAGGUGACUACCUCAUGAAGCUGGUUGAGAGAAUGCCAAGAGUGUGAAAAGCUGUCAUCAAGGCAAAGAGUGGCUAAAUGAAGAAUCUCAAAUAUAAAAUAUAUUUUGAUUUGUUUAACACUUUUUGGGUUACUACAUGAUACCAUAUGUGUAAUUUCAUAGUUUUGAUGUCUUCACUAUUAUUCUACAAUGUAAAAAAUAGUAAAAAUAAAGAAAAACCAUUGAAUGAGUAGGUGUGUCCAAACUUUUGACUGGUAGUGUAUAUGGGUAUGAAACACACUAACUAAUUGAAUCCUGCUUGUGGUGUUCUCUGUUUGCUCCUGACAGUUGCUUUCAAGGACAUCUGCCCAGCAGGGCCUGGCUACCACUACUCUGCCUCUGCCAUCAAGUUCAACCAGAGGGUGGUGGAGCAGCAUGGGACUGGAGGUCCCCCUGUCAUAUCCCAGAGCACCCCACAGACAAGGCGACAACAACCAGGUAGCACUACUCUGCUCACCACUCUGACGAGACCCCAGCAACCAUCAAGCUCAGGCCCUCUCACUCCGCAAAUUGGAUCCCAACAACCUUCAAGCAGUGGUGCACUGACUCCCCAAACUAGGCCCCAACAAUCUUCAAACUCAGCCUCUCUCACUCCUAUAACCAGGCCCCAACAACCUUCAAGCUCAGGCUCUUUCACUCCCCAAACUAGACCGCAACAACCAGGUAGCACUACUCUGCUCACCACUCCGACCAGACCCCAACAGCCAGGUGGUAGAGCUCUCACCCCUCAGACCAGACCCCAACAGCCAUCGAGUGGAGGCUCCCUGUCCCCACAGGGCAGACCACACAUCCCAGCCAGCUCUGUUACAGCAGGACCCACCCGGGUGGUGACAGGUGAGCAGACAAUAAUCCCUAGCAACCUUAAGGAGAUUCCUCAACGUACAGUGAAGAGUUUCAUUCCAAAAAUGCGAUAUAUCCAUUUUCAGAAAUGUUUGUAAAUUGACAUUAAUUAAAAACACAUCUUAUAUAGGACUGUUACGGUGACCGUAUUCCCGCCACACCGGCAGUCACGAGUCAUGACCGCAGUCAAAUUCCACAUGACCGUUUAGUCACGGUAACUAGGCUUCUCCAAGCUCUGAUGCUGCUGAUGGCCAUUAGUAGCCUACCAAACUUGCUAACUGCCUGGUACUCAGCACACUAUUGUCCCUCUAAUCACUCUGACAUCAAUGCAAAUGUUAUCGAAAAUCAAAUCAAACACGUCAUGAGAGACCGUGAGCUCAUGUUGCGCAAAAAUUCUAUAGGCUAGCAAAUGUAUGAGAAAACAGAAUAGUUUUGAUGGACUCUAUUAAAAAGAGGAGGAUCCCAUCAGCUUUCUAUAGGCUAGGCCUACUAUAUUUAUUUCUCAACUUUCCUAAUAUUAAGCACAUUGCUUCGCUUUACAACAGGAGUAUAGCUUACCUGGUUGGCAUGAAAAUUAACCAUGGGAAAAGCGUCCUCCAGAUGACAUGUCUUUUUUCCCCCUUCCCCUGUUCCGAGACAGGUGCAUGAUAAUGGUCAAUUUUGAAUCAAAACUAAUUUCACACUAAAUAAUACAGUACCAGUCAAAAGUUUGGACACACCCACUCAUUCAAGGGUUUUUCUUUAUUCGUACUAUUUUUUACAUUGUAGAAUAAUAGUGUAGACAUCACAACUAUGAAAUAACACAUAUGGAAUCAUGUGGUGAACAAAAAAGUGUUAAAAUAUAUUUUAUAUUUGAGAUUCUUCAAAUAGCCACCCUUUGUGUUGAUGCCAGCUUUGCACACUCUUGGCAUUCUCUUAACCAGCUUCACCUGGAAUGCUUUUCCAACAGUCUUGAAGGAGUUCCCACAUAUGCCGAGCACUUGUUGGCUGCUUUUCCUUCACUCUGUAGUCCGACUCAUCCCAAACCAUCUCAAUUGGGUUGAGGUUGGGGGAUUGUGGAGGCCAGAUCAUCUGAUGCAGCAAUCCAUCACUCUCCUUCUUGGUAAAAUAGCCCUUACACAGCCUGAAGGUGUGUUGGGUCAUUGUCCCGUUGAAAAACAAAUGAUAGUCCCACUAAGCCCAAACCAGAUGGGAUGGCGUAUCGCUGCAGAAUGCUGUGGUAGCCAUGCUGGUUAAGUGUGCCUUGAAUUUUAAAUAAAUCACAGACAGUGUCACCAGCAAAGCACCCCCACACCAUAACUCCUCCUCCUCCUCCAUACUUUACAGUGGGAAAUACACAUGCGGAGAUCAUCCGUUCACCCACACCGCGUCUCACAAAGACACAGCGGUUGGAACCAGAAAUCCAAUUUGGACUCCUGACCAAAGGACAAAUUUCCACCGGUCUAAUGUCCAUUGCUUGUGUUUCUUGGCCCAAGCAGGUCUCUUCUUCUUAUUGGUGUCCUUUAGUAGUGGUUUCUUUACAGCAAUUCAACCAUGAAGGCCUGAUUCACACAGUCCCCUCUGAACAGUUGAUGUUGAGAUGUGUCUGUUACUUGAACUCUGUGAAGCAUUUAUUUGGGCUGCAAUUUCUGAGGCUGGUACAGUGAGGAAAAAAGUAUUUGAUCCCCUGCUGAUUUUGUACGUUUGCCCAUUGACAAAGACAUGAUCAGUCUAUAAUUUUAAUGGUAGGUUUAUUUGAACAGUGAGAGACAGAAUCAGAACAAAAAAAUACAGAAAAACGCAUGUCAAAAAUGUUAUUAAUUGAUUUGCAUUUUAGUGAGGGAAAUAAGUAUUUGACCCCUCUGCAAAACAUGACUUAGUACUUGGUGGCAAAACCCUUGUUGGCAAUCACAGAGGUCAGACGUUUCUUGUAGUUGGCCACCAGGUUUGCACACAUCUCAGGAGGGAUUUUGUCCCACUCCUCUUUGCAGAUCUUCUCCAAGUCAUUAAGGUUUCGAGGCUGACAUUUGGCAACUCGAACCUUCAGCUCCCUCCACAGAUUUUCUAUGGGAUUAAGAUCUGGAGACUGGCUAGGCCACUCCAGGACCUUAAUGCCCUUCUUCUUGAGCCACUCCUUUGUUGCCUUGGCCAUGUGUUUUGGGUCAUUGUCAUGCUAGAACACCCAUCCACAACCCAUUUUCAAUGCCCUGGCUGAGGGAAGGAGUUCUCACCCAAGAUUUGACGGAACAUGGCCCCGUCCAUCGUCCCUUUGAUGCGGUGAAGUUGUCCUGUCCCCUUAGCACCCCCAAAGCAUAAUGUUUCCACCUCCAUGUUUGAUGGUGGGGAUGGUGUUCUUGGGGUCAUAGGCAGCAUUCCUCCUCCUCCAAACACGGCGAGUUGAGUUGAUGCCAAAGAGCUCAAUUUUGGUCUCAUCUGACCACAACACUUUCACCCAGUUCUCCUCUGAAUCAUUCAGAUGUUCGUUGGCAAACUUCAGACGGGCCUGUAUAUGUGCUUUCUUUCUUAUAUGUGCUCUCCUUUUCAUGGGCUUGUUUAGAAAGUGACCUCUUUUGGCCAACAGGAACAGAUAUAACAGGCUAAAAACUGUCCAAGGGAUCCAUAAUCAAAAGGUCCAUGACACUCAAGAGCUCAAUGCUAACGUAACGCUAGGUAGCAACUAGCCAGCACGCGAACAGCUGAGUGACAGCUGUCUAUUACCGCAUCCAGCUGACUAAGCCAGGGGUUAGCCUAAAUAAAAAAUAUAAGGUUCUGAUUACGUUCCUAAGUGUUGGAAAAAAUAUUUAGAGAAACCUAACUUACGACUAAACAGACAAAUAUAAUGGAAAUGAUUCGCUAAAUGACUCACUUUUGCACCAGCGGCAAAAACCAUAUGGAUUAUUUCAGCCAUCUGUACAGUGGAUAUAGCCAGAUCAAUAUAUUUAGGGAGUUGGGCCAACUUUUAGAAUUCUAGACAUUCAGUUACAUAGUUUUUUUUUAUAUAUAUUCCCCAAGUAGCCUAAUGUUAAUGGGGUGCUAACAUGGCUGCCAUAUAAUUUUUAAGUGUCAUGUAAAUGCAUCAUAAUGCUCAUUCUGUUAACCGGAGCUAACAUGGCUGCCAUAGAAUGUUGUAGUGACAUUUAAAUGCAUCAUAAUGUCCCAACUCUCUAAAUACAUGGCUGUGAAUAUAGCGCAUUUUUUUGUAUGAAACAAUACGGAUAUCACGUUUUGCAAAAAAACACAUUCUAAAGCACAUUUAAAGUAAAUGUUUUAAAGUAUGAGAACAGCCAUAAUUCAAUUUUAUUUUUUUGCAUUUAUCACGUUUUGGAAUCAAACCCAUAUGCUCUUCUCAUUUCCACAUAGCAACAUCAACUAUUGAGACAGAAUUACAAUGUUUAAUAUUUUGAUGUUUUGUGUCCAAAAGGCUGUGAGAAAGACAAUUCACAGCAAGCUGCCUCUUCUCAACAAGCGAAAGCUCUAAUGCGUCUAAACAAUCUCAGUAAAUGUUUAUGUCCUGUUUUGGUUUCUCCAGCUCGGCCCCCCACUCAGACUCAACGGCCUCCAGUUGACCGACGGCCAGUAUCUCCAGUGAGACCUGCCCAGCCCCUCCCGUCUCCGGUCACGCCCCGCCCACCCAUCCCAAGGCCAGGUACCGUAAACCAUACACCACAACCACAAUGUGUUUCAUCUUGAUAUAGUAAUGGCUCCAAGAUUAGGUCAACUUCAGAUAAACGUUGGUUCAACUUUCUAGCUUCUCACACUGCCAACUCCAUGUCAUUUCCUAUUAGAACUCUUAACUAUUGUACUCCACACCUGACUCAAGAACAAAGAAGCAUAUAGUUUGGAGUCUGUAUUGUGGAGUGAGAAAAGCUCAAAGUUCUCCAUUGAAGUAUGACAACUGGUCUUCCUGUGUCCUUUUUGCUUUCAUUUUAUGUGACAGCACUUGAAAGCAUAAGUUCACAUUUCAAAUGCACCAGAAUAAUGAGUGCUUAAGAAUCAUGGGUAGAUGGAGUUGAAUGCUCUGGUGGCGUCGAUUUUUUACUGGUGGUUUUAUCCACCUUCAAAGACAUCAGAUGUGUUUCUGGCUCUGGCCUUUUCUGGCACCACUAGAGUACUUAGUCGACCCUGUCCCUCACACACACACACGCACACCUCAACUUCAAAACCUCAGUUGAUAAAAGGCGUUUUACAUUCUUUAAUGUAUUUCUUUGCAAUACAAAGAGAGAUUCAAAGAGGGAAUACUUUCACACAGACCAAUCCAGCAACUCUGGCUCAAGAUAUAAGCAGUAACCAGAUGGGUACAAUGCUCUGUUUGUGGCGCAAAUCUUUCGCCUAAUGUGAGCCAACUGCUCACCACCGGACUGUUAGUUUAUCACAUGUUGGCAGGUUUGAAUCUCAAGGCGGGGCUGUCAACGAGCUGCUAACUUUUAUCUCGUGAGCAAGGUGCCAGGUUUGUGCUGUAACAUGGAAUUUAACACUAUUAUGCUCACAGCCUUGAAUCUGACCCAUAACAAGUGAGUUCUGAGACUCUAUAAAUCCUCAUAAUGGGUCCCUGAAAAAUAUGUGAGCUGCACUCUUUGAAGAAAGAACAAGUGCUAUCUAGAACCUAUAAGGGUUGUCCCCAUAAGAGAACCCUUUAAAGAACCCUUUUUGGUUCUGGGUAAAACCCUUUUGAGUUCCAUGUUAGAACCCUUUCCACAGAGAGUUCUACAUGGAACCCAAAAGAGUUCUACCUGGAACCAAAAAGGGUUCUCCUAUGGGGACAGCCAAAUAACCGUUUUGGAACCCUUUUUUCAAAGAGUGUGGAAUGGGAUGAGUGUACGCCAGAGAUUCAUUGUUCAGCUCUCCAAUGUAAACAGAGAUCAGGCACCCAGAUGAGAUCAGAUCCUCCUCACUCAAUUAUCCGUGGCUGUAUUUGCCCCUCUUCCCUCUCACGGCCUCUGACGGCUCAUAUGGAUGAGACGACAACUAAGAUCACACUUUGGAAUCCUUUUUGAAACGGUGACAAACAAGCCAACUAAAUGUGCGUAUCUGUGUACGUGCGUCUACAUGCAUCUGAUUGGGCGUCCAGUGCGUGGUGUGUGUGAGACCAUGCCCCAGGUGUGUGGACAGGGCCGUUGUGUGGACCAGCCCGGAGGGAGAUAUACCUGCAUCUGUAACGAGGGAUACCAACUCAACGCUCAGCAGACUGAUUGUCAAGGUGAAUGUUGUUUUGCUAGGGCACUGUUGCUAGUUAAACUACUUAACUACUAUUGGGAAGCAUCAAACACACACACAUACACAGCCCAAUGUUGGCUAUUCCUGAUGCUAUACUGAGCCUCAGCUGUAUUUAUAGUGUGCGGUCAUUGAACAUGUGAUAGUCAUUAUGGAUGAGUCAGUUUCAGGCUGGUUACGGUACCUCAAGCAUCUCACUACAUUCCCAUUCCCUGAGGGGUAGCUUGAUUGCAACCUGCAGGGUUGGUCAGGCUCCUCUUGACCUCUUUAACCCCACUCAUCCCCUCUUCCUCUCAUCCCUCUUUAUUUUCAGACAUAGACGAGUGCAGGACGUCUCCCCAGCCCUGUGGCAGUGGCCGCUGCCAGAACACAGAAGGGGGCUACAGGUGUAGCUGCCCCUCAGGAUACCAGCCGGGACCCCAGCACACCAGCUGUAUAGGUACAGACCCCACUGUACACACACAAACACACUCACACACACAUAGUCGCUGGUCACAGCAGCUGUGCGUUUAUUCAGACAACAGCUACUCUGUCUCGUUGGGUAUAGAGAAAUACCUUCUUGCAUCCCCCUGGAAUGCCUUGUGUUCUACUUGGAGGUCAACGAUUAGGAAAUGGGGUCUGGUACUCUGGUCAAUUCUUUUAAUUUUUUCACGUGUAUCUCUAGAUGUCAAUGAGUGCCUCCAGACUCUCAGUCCCUGUUCUGUUGGGGAGUGUGAGAAUACACCAGGCAGCUACAGAUGUGUGUGUCCUGCUGGCUACAGAGCCAACUUCCAACAGACGCAGUGUCAAGGUAACAGACGCGUACUCAACAUAGGAUUCCAACAUCAGCAGUCAAUAAGUAUUACUAACAUGAUUGUGAUUAUUAUAAGGAACGUUAUGUCGAUUAUGAUAGCUGUACAUUAGUCCUCGUUGAUCAUUCUAUAAGAAAAUAGAUAACUGUUAACUGUCAAGUCUUUGAGUAAAGGACACACUUUUUGUGGCACAGAUAUUGACGAGUGUCGUCAGGUUCCGAACCCCUGUAACAAUGGCCGCUGUGAGAAUAGCCCUGGUAGCUUCAAGUGUGUCUGCCGCACUGGGUACAAACUAGAGGGCAACACAUGUAAAGGUAAGAUAGCUAUCUCUACAUCUAUUCAACAUUAUUUCACUACCGAAGCUACUGUACUGUAUACAGUGGGGAGAACAAGUAUUUGAUACACUGCUGAUUUAGCAGGUUUUCCUACUUACAAAGCAUGUAGAGGUCUGUAAUUUUUAUCAUAGGUACACUUCAACUGUGAGAGACGGAAUCUAAAACACAAAUCCAGAAAAUCACAUUGUAUGAUUUUUAAGUAAUUAAUUUGCAUUUUAUUGUAUGACAUAAGUAUUUGAUACAUCAGAAAAGCAGAACUUAAUAUUUGGUACAGAAACCUUUGUUUGCAAUUACAGAGAUCAUACGUUUCCUGUAGGUCUUGACCAGGUUUGCACACACUGCAGCAGGGAUUUUGGCCCACUCCUCCAUACAGACCUUCUCCAGAUCCUUCAAGUUUCGGGGCUGUCGCUGGGCAAUACGGACUUUCAGCUCCCUCCAAAGAUUUUCUAUUUGGUUCAGGUCUGGAGACUGGCCAGGCCACUCCAGAACCUUGAGAUGCUUCUUACGGAGCCACUCCUUAGUUGCCCUGGCUGUGUGUUUUGGGUUGUUGUCAUGCUGGAAGACCCAGCCACGACCCAUCUUCAAUGCUCUUACUGAUGGAAGGAGGUUGUUGGCCAAGAUCUCGUGAUACAUGGCCCCAUCCAUCCUCUCUUCAAUACGGUGCAGUCGUCCUGUCCCCUUUGCAGAAAAGCAUCCCCAAAGAAUGAUGUUUCCACCUCCAUGCUUCACGGUUGGAAUGGUGUUCUUGGGGUUGUACUCAUCCUUCUUCUUCCUCCAAACACAGCGAGUGGAGUUUAAACCAAAAAGCUCUAUUUUUGUCUCAUCAGACCACAUGACCUUCUCCCAUUUCUCCUCUGGAUCAUCCAGAUGGUUAUUGGCAAACUUCAGACGGGCCUGGACAUGCGCUGGCUUGAGCAGGGGGACCUUGCGUGCGCUGCAGGAUUUUAAUCCAUGACGGCGUAGUGUGUUACUAAUGGUUUUCUUUGAGACUGUGGUCCCAGCUCUCUUCAGGUCAUUGACCAGGUCCUGCCGUGUAGUUCUGGGCUGAUCCCUCACCUUCCUCAUGAUCAUUGAUGCCCCACGAGCUGAGAUCUUGCAUGGAGCCCCAGACUGAGGGUGAUUGACCGUCAUCUUGAACUUCUUCCAUUUUCUAAUAAUUGCGCCAACAAUUGUUGCCUUCUCACCAAGCUGCUUGCCUAUUGUCCUGUAGCCCAUCCCAGCCUUGUGCAGGUCUACAAUUUUAUCCCUGAUGUCCUUACACAGCUCUCUGGUCUUGGCCAUUGUGGAGAGGUUGGAGUCUGUUUGAUUGAGUGUGUGGACAGGUGUCUUUUAUACAGGUAACGAGUUCAAACAGGUGCAGUUAAUACAGGCAAUGAGUUGAGAACAGGAGGGCUUCUUAAAGAAAAACUAACAGGUCUGUGAGAGCCGGAAUUCUUACUGGUUGGUAGGUGAUCAAAUACUUAUGUCAUGCAAUAAAAUGCAAAUUAAUUACUUAAAAAUCAUACAAUGUGAUUUUCUGGAUUUGUGUUUUAGAUUCCGUCUCUCACAGUUGAAGUGUACCUAUGAUAAAAAUUACAGACCUCUACAUGCUUUGUAAGUAGGAAAACCUGCAAAAUCGGCAGUGUAUCAAAUACUUGUUCUCCCCACUGUAUAUUGUCUCAUCAAAGAUUGUGUGAUGUUUGUGAAAUGAUACUAUUGGUCAGUCAGACAUAUUCAACUUCCUGUCCCUGUCUAUCACUCUCUCUUUCCCCAGAUGUGGAUGAGUGUGAGGACCCCUUGAGGUGUCCUGGUCAGGCCUGUGUCAACUCUCCAGGAUCAUACAAGUGUGUGUCUUGCCCGCCAGGCUUUGGGCUGGUCAACGAACAAUGCUCAGGUAACACUCCUUGUCCUGAAGCAGUCAUACACAAAACCACAUACGUUUCAGUAGAAUUCUCCGCAGGCUGUUUGAUAGAGGGCACUAUCUGUCUCUGUCGCCCCCUGUUGUAGAUGUUGACGAGUGCCGUCAGACCCCCAGCCUUUGCACCAAUGGUCGUUGUGAGAACACUCCUGGGAGUUACAGGUGUGUUUGCCACACGGGAUACAAACUACAAGGCAAGGCCUGCACAGGUACGAGCGAUGACUCCACCAAAUUAUUACGUACAUACCCUCUUUUGAACAUGUCAGCAAAAGGAACUUUCAAUCUAUGUAAAACAAAUCCUGCCUGACUAUUAAUGCUCUGGCUCUAUCUGUUUUAGAUGUGGAUGAGUGUGAGGACUUUUUGAGGUGUCCUGGUCAGGCCUGUGUCAACUCUCAGGGUUCUUUCAACUGUGUGUCUUGCAAGCCAGGCUUCGGCAUGAUCAAUGGACAAUGCUCAGGUAAAAUCCCAUUGUCUGUGUGUGUUCUGAGGUAUAUCUGUGUGUCUCCAUCCAUUUAUGCUACCUUUCAGCAAUCUCUUAUAUCUCCUCUCCAUUCCUACAGAUAUAGAUGAGUGUCGUCAGACCCCCAGCUCAUGCAUCAAUGGUCACUGUGAGAACACCCAGGGCAGCUACAGCUGUGUGUGUCUCACUGGGUACAGACGACACAGUGAUACCUGUACAGACGUGGAUGAGUGUGCAGACCCAUCCCAGUGCCCUGGUCAGGAGUGUGUGAACUUCCAGGGCUCAUACAAGUGUGUGUCCUGCAAACCAGGCUUUGGGCUGGUCAACAGACAAUGCACAGGUAGGACACAACAUGGCCUUUAUCAACACCAAUACAUUUGAGCGAUUACAGACAACGGCACACGUGUUCUUCACCUUCUUUUCUUUGCAGAUGUUGAUGAGUGUCUUCGGAGCCCCACUCCCUGUGCUAAUGGUCGUUGUGAGAAUACGGCUGGAAGCUACAAGUGUGUGUCCUGCAAGACAGGCUUUCAGCUGGUCAAUGGACAAUGCUCAGGUAGGACUCAACAUGGGCUCUAUCAACACUAAUACAUGUAGAGCUGAUCACUUACACAAUAAGACAUUUGUAAGCACACAUUUUUUUUUGUUUUUGCAGAUGUUGAUGAGUGCCUCCAUAGCCCCACUUCCUGUGCUAACGGCCGUUGUGAGAACACGGCUGGAAGCUACAAGUGUGCGUGCCGAUCUGGCUUCAGGCUACAGGGUAAUACCUGCACAGGUAAGACUUCACAUUGAACAUACACAUUACUUCAACUGAUAAAGAGCAGUCAAAUGUAUGACUUUCCUUAGCACAUAAUAAAGUAAAAUACUACUAGAAAUGGCCUUUGUUCUGUCAACUUUAUUUAUGGGAUUGUAAAGAAGAAUCUCUGUUGGCUUCUCCAGAUGUCAAUGAGUGUGAGAACGCUCUACAGUGUCCUGGUCAGGAGUGUGUCAACUUUGAAGGCUCCUUCAAAUGUGUGGCCUGUAGAACAGGCUUUGAGGCUGGAAACGGACAGUGUACAGGUGAACAGCCUUCUCAACCACACACACAGAGACAAAACACACACGCACUCACCCAUUUUUAUUCGAUAUUGAAAAUUGUAUCAGUACUGAUAUUGAUAUUUUUCACACAGAUAUCGAUGAGUGUCGCCAGUCCUCCAACCGCUGUACCAACGGUCGCUGUGAAAACACUCCCGGUAGCUACCAGUGUGUUUGUCACACCGGGUUCAAACUACAGGACAGCAUCUGUAAUGGUAAGGCUGCAUGUGUCUGACUAUUGCAUGUCUUUCAUGUUUUACAUGAUGUCUCAUGCUCCAUAUCACUCUGUUUGAUGUGUAACCUCCACUUGCUUCAUUUUAGACAUUGAUGAAUGUGAAGACCCCUCACAGUGUCCCGGGCAACAGUGUGUCAAUUCUGAAGGCUCCUACAAGUGUAUCGCCUGCAAAGCUGGCCACGUUAUGCAAGAUGGGGUAUGCGCAGGUAAGACUAGCUGUCUAUUAGAAUAUGGCAGAAUAUGAAGUAAAUUCAAGGCAUUCUGUCCAUGUAGUCUACAUGUUUUUUCAAGGUGUUUUACUGCUCUCACACUUGCUGCAAUUGUUUCUGGGAAGGAAUGCCAUGGCUCUUUUACGGCCAAGGGGAGGAGGUGAUUUGUUAACCAUGGUAAAUUUCAGUCUAAUGAGGAAACACAUUUUCAAAGAGAUUAAAUGAGUCAAUGUUCAACUCUGCAGAAUGUAACAGGAGAUGCUUCUCACCAGACCGAAAUUAGCACCAAACUCUUUUUCACAUGCCUUCCGUUUGAGAUUGCAUUCCAUUCAUACUGCUUUAUAGAUUCAGACAAUCACAUUUCUAACACUGUUGGUGUUAUUGGUGAGGCAGCUUGACUAAAACAGUAACAAUACUAAAGUUUCCUGCUGAAUCAAGCUGUUCCAACAGCUGUUUAUAUAAACUGCAUAGAGCAGUGUGACCGGGCACUUUUCCAUUAUCUUACUGUAGGUGAUGAGUGAGCGAAGGGGGUGACCACCCAUUAGCCUUGUAGCCCCAGUUGCACACUGCUGUCAGCGCUCUCCUCUGCAUUCCUCUCCACUGCUCUGCACACUUCACCUUUGCUGGCUUCUGUUACUCCUACCAAGCGUUUUUUUCUGUGGGGCACACAAAUCAUCAGCCCUAGUAUAAUUUCAGGACACCGUGCUCCAUCCCACUUGGGUGCAUUGCCUCUACCUAAAAAAAAACAGAGACCACUUUAAAAUGCAUAUGAAUGUACUGUUUCUUUCACAGUUCACUGUCAGUCAGCACUUUAUCCAUGCUGUGAUAUCCAGAGCACAUGAAAAUCACUCCGAGGUAUUCAAGUCUGGCUGUUGGACUGGGCUGAUAUGGACCAACAGAGUCUGCAACAGAUGUUUAGACUUCAAAGGGGAUAGCGUGUAAAUCAGAAACACCUUAGGAAUGGAUGUAACACUUGGGAAUGGAUGGAUGUCUCUUUGGAGAGGUUUCACUGUCAAAAGGUUAUAUCCAUAAGAGACAGAACCAAUUGGUGCUGUGUUGAUUUAAGAGAAACCACUUGAAAGCUGUUUAACCCCUUUUAGGGGGAACAGAAAGACCCUAUACAUGAAGCAGAGGUGUGUGUGUGUGCGUGUGUGCAUGUGCAACCCUCUUGCAGUACCAAUGAGCAUUCCCCUCUCCCUUCCUCAGAUGUGGAUGAAUGCCAGAGCCCUGACACCUGUGGUUCAGAGAGGCUGUGUUUAAACACUGAUGGCUCCUACCGCUGUGACUGUCAACCAGGCUACAGAACCGCUGGCCUUGGACGCCAAUGUAGAGGUCAGUACUGAUAAUGAUGAUGAUGGUGAUGAAUGCUACAAUGUUGGUGAUGUUCUUUGAUAAUGUAUAUACCACACUGCGUGUUGAUGUUCUUUUCUGUGUCAUAUUGUAGCGUGGUUGUCUUGUCUUUUCACAGACAUCAAUGAGUGUCUAGAGGGGGAGUACUGCUUCCCCAAGGGAGAGUGUGUGAACACAGAGGGCUCCUACCGCUGUGUGUGUUCCCAGGGUUACACCACAAGCAGCAAUGGCAGCUCCUGCCUGGGUGAGGCGUCACCACCGUCUCUCACACACAUACCGAAGUCCCACUGGCAUUACUGUAGGCUACUCUUAAACCGGCAGAAUGGAGAUGUCUCUAUUCAUGACAGAGACACAACAUAUAUUUUUACUCUGCAAUUUCAACUGUAACAACUCUUAGCAGGGCUUUAAUAGUAAUCACUUAUAAUUAUAAUCACAAAUAGGCUACUUGACACAGAUUAUAUUACUCAAAGCCUCUCACACAGUGAAUGACAUCAAGUGAAACGACAUGGGCACAACGUCAUGGUAAAGGAUUGCUUAGCUUGGCAGUAGGGACAGCGGGGUUGUCUGUGGUGAUGUAAUGGCGUGUUGUCAUUGCGUGCCCAGAUGUGGAUGAGUGUGCCAGGUCAGGCCCGGGGGUGUGCCAGGACGGGCGCUGUGUCAACACAGAGGGCUCCUACCAGUGCCAGUGCCAAGUGGGAUUCACCACCAACCCAGAAAAGACAGCCUGUCUGGGUAACUCAACACCUCAACUACUCUGCACUGUUCAUCAUCCACCAUAGACAGAUCAUUGAAAACUUGUGUUCCUUAUGAAACCAUGUGUCCCUUUAUGUAAUACGCACCGCUUUCGAGACUGAGCUAUGGGGAUGCUGAAGUUUGCGUGUGUGUGCACGCGCUUAUGUGUGUGUGUGUGUGUAAUCCCCACUCUCUCUAUCCCAGAUGUAGAUGAGUGCUCAGAGGGAGCAGUGUGUCUGUCACGGCGUUGUGAGAACACCAUUGGCUCCUACCGCUGUAUCACCUCCUGUGAGCCGGGCUACCGGGUCACCCGCACCGGAGAGUGUGUCGGUCAGUUCCAUCUCUUCAUCAACCUCAUCGACUUCAUCCUUUACUACAUCUAGUCCACAUAGCGAGAAUCGACUUGUUAUUCUUCUCGUAUUUAUUAAUCCACUUUAUUUAUUUUGAAAUUAUCUGAUUCUACGCUACAGUUUAGCCAUGAUAGUUUGUGUAGGAAUGAUUGGCAGGUUGGACACAGAUGUGGGAUCCAGGCUGAGGCCGGGGGCGUAAGGGGUUGGUCGUCAUGGCAGCUGUGUUUGAUUGAUGUGUCAGGUUGGAGGCUUGCACCGCACAGAUGCUCAGUCACAAGAAUGCCGUUCGCCUUUCCUUGCCAAGAUAUGCAUCUGUAACACACACACACAGAGUGAAAAAGAGCUAGGGAUCUAUCUCACUGUAUUGUCUUCACUGACUAUUGCUUUAUACCUUUAAAUACUUUAAUCAAGUUUAUCUUUCUAACUAUAAUAUUGACAGUGACCAUACUUGAGACCAUACUUCAGAUUCAUAUAGGAGUGAUGUAAUCUCUCUCUCCACUUCUGUUUCGUCUUCUCUCUCACAGAUAUCAAUGAGUGUGCCAAUGAGACAGUAUGCGGAGAGCAUGCAUUCUGCCAGAACCUAAUUGGAACAUACCAGUGCAUGUGUGACCAGGGCUACACAGCCACCAGCAAUGGGAAGGGAUGUGUGGGUACGUCUCAACACAGAUGCACAAGUCUCUGAUAAGAGUGCAAACGCUACCAUUCUACUGUCCUAUCAUCUGUCAUUGUCUUUGCUUGAUUUAGACUACAUGGUUUGACCUUUUCACCCCAUAUUUCUCUUUCUUUCUCUCUCUCUCUCGCUCGCUCUCCCUCCCUCUUUCUCUCGCUCACUCACUCUCUUUCUCCCUUUCGCUCUCUCUCUAUCUCUCUUUUUCUCUCUCUUUCUCUUUCUCUCUAUCUCUCUCUUUCUGUCUAUCUAUCUCUCUCUUUCUAUCUAUCUCUCUCUCUCUCUCUAGAUGAAAACGAGUGUGAGACUAUGCAGGGCGUGUGUGGCGCAGCGCGCUGUGAGAAUGUGGAUGGCUCCUUCAUGUGUGAGUGUCCAGGAGAGGGGGAAGAGUUUGAUACGCGCUCAGGACAGUGCCUCAGCAUGCCUCGACCAGGUACUGUACACUGUCCACCACUAUUUUGCAUUUCGAGGAUUAUCUAGAUAUCUAUUUUUCACCAUACUAAAAUAUACAUUUCUACUCCCUGAUGGGAAUGACACUUUCCCUGCUUCAAAUGUUCAUUCCUACAAAUGCCAUCACAGUUCUAUUGCCAUUUAACAUCAGUUUGUGCAUGGUGAGUUUGGUGAGACCUCUUCAACAGGUGUCCAUUCAAACAGCUUGGUGUUGCUUCCCCCUGCUGUUCAUGAGGGAACACUAUAUUGUCUUGGUGGUCAGCAACGCAGCCAUAACCACACACACCUCAACCCUCAAACAUCACAUCCACGUGUCUCACAGGUCAUCCAUUGUUCCCAGGCGGCUCUUCCUCGUCUUCCUCCACCACCGGUCUGGGUCCCCAGCGUCGGCCCGAUGCGUCCCAGCUUCCCCCGGCCCGGCCUGGCGAGUUGAGGGAGUGCUACUACAACACAGAGGAGCAGAGCUCGUGCAGCGUGCUGGCCCACAACACCACCCAGCAGGAGUGCUGCUGCACCGUGGGUCAGGGUUGGGGCACGGGCUGCCAGUACGACCCCUGUCCUCAGCUAGGCACAGGUAGGGACCAGUGAUCAACACUGAUGUGAAUAGUAUGUCUAUGGUAUGACUAUAGUGAAUAUGUCUCUAGCACAGGAGGUUGGUGGCACCUUAAUUGGGGAUCGUGGUAAUGGCUGAAGCGGAAUGAGUGGAAUGGUAUCAAAUACAUGGUUACCAUUUGCUCCGUUCUGGCAAUUAUUAUGAGCUGUUCUCCCCUCAGCAGCCUCCUGUGGUCUCUAGGGGAUAUAUGUCUAUGUAUAAGACUAAAGUGAAUAUGUAUGUCUAUGGUAGACUCCUGGAGUCACCUCCACCUAUCAACCCACUCAGAAAAAGCUAACCCUGAUGUAGUGAAGUGUUCAUCUCUGAUAUGUCGUGUUGUUGUUUACUGUGGGUUCUGUACAGCCGAACACCAGGCGUUGUGCCCCAGCGGACGAGGAUAUGUGACUGGGCCUGGAGCGUUUAGCUACAAAGGUAACUGUCUCACAUAUCCGCACGGCAGGUAGCCUGGAGGUUAGUGUUGGUUGCUAGUUCAAAGGUUGCUAGUUCAAAUCCCUGAGCCGACUAAAUGGAAAAUCUGUCGAUCUGCCCUUGAGCAAGGCACUUAACUCUAAUUUCUCCAGAGUUUCGGUCAAUAAUGGCUGUGACCCCACUCUCUGAGGGCAAGAAACACAUUUCACACCACACACUUGUACGUGUGUGAAACAGGACAAAUAUAAGCACCCCUAUUUGACUCACAUGAUUUUGUAGUCAUACUUAUUGCUUAUACUGUACUGUACCUAUAAUCCAGGCCUUUGUCUCCUCUCACAGAUGUGGAUGAGUGUAAGCUGUUCCACCCUGAGGUGUGUAAGAGCGGUGUGUGUGUCAACAACAUCCCUGGCUACUCCUGCUACUGCACCAGUGGCUACUACUACGAUAAUGUGUUUCUGGAGUGCAUCGGUUAGUGGCAUAUCUUUAUCAGUGAUAUUAGGCUGUUUUGGCCCAGCCUUCAUAAUUGUGGUUGAAUUAGAUGGAUGUAUAUAAUGGGUAGGUUGCUCAAAUCUUCUCUCUCUCUCUCUCUCUCUCUCUCUCUCUCUCUCUCUCUCUCUCUCUCGCUCUCGCUCUCGCUCUCGCUCUCGCUCUCGCUCUCGCUCUCGCUCUCGCUCUCGCUCUCGCUCUCGCUCUCGCUCUCGCUCUCGCUCUCGCUCUCGCCGCUCUCGCUCUCCCCUCCUCCUCCCCCUCUCCGACCCUUCUCCCGCCCUCCUCCUCCUCCACCGUAUGUCCGCUCUCGCUCUCUCUCUCUCUCUCCUGGUAGAUGUUGAUGAGUGUGAGGCAGGGGAGGACAGCUGUCCAGGAGGAAUCUGUGUCAACACAUUAGGCUCAUACUUCUGUACCUGCGAGCCACCUCUUGUGUUGGACGACACUCAGCGCAGCUGUGUCAAUUCCACUGGCCUCACCGUGGGUAAGACUACACACACUGGGAGACAGGAGUCCCCAAUAACUCUUACCUUAUGAGUCCUCACUACUCAAAUUUCACUUAUUAGCUCAAGCUGUGAGAUCUCUCUCACUGUCUCUGUUUUCCAUCUCUCUCUCUCUCUCUCUCUCUCUCUCUCCUCCUUUCCCCAUAUAUCUUUCCCUUGUUUUUCCCACCUCCCUUUCUCCAUCUUUCUUUGCCUCUCUUUUUUCCAUCUUCCUUUUUAUUCAUCUAACCGUCUCUCUUUUCAUCUCACCCUUCCCCUCCUCAUUUCCGUCCCUCUUGUCUCCAGAUGAGAACCUGUCGUUCUGCUGGCAGUAUGUCACGGCAGACCUGGUGUGUCAGAGCCCCCUGCUGGGCGGACAGGUCACCUUCACUGAGUGCUGCUGUCUGUAUGGAGAGGGCUGGGGACUGCAGUGUGCUCUGUGUCCUCCCAGAGACUCAGGUACUACUAGACUGAUGUGCUACUACGGCCACGCUGAUUGUGGAUGAGUAUUUACAUUGAACAAUCCGCUGUGUUAGCAUUUUGUCAUAAGAUACAAGCAGAUUGUAGCUCUGUUGUUAAACAGUGUUGUGUUUAUAGUUUGGGGAAAGUGUCAUUUUUGGUCUACGUCUCUUUUCCUUCUUUCCCUCUGUCAGAGGACUAUGAGGCUCGGUGUAACGUCUUCCUGAGGCCCCCAGAGUUUCCUCCCCCCUUCCCUGACCGCUUCGGUCCGGACCCUGGGCCAGGACCCGGCAGAGGAGGAGGAGGAGGAGGAGGAGGAGGAGGAGGAGGAGGAGGGAGGUAUCGUGUGCCCUAUGGACCGGACUCCUUCCCAGACCCCAUCCCCCGCAGGCCUGAGUACACCCAGCCUGACUAUGACGACUAUACACCAACAGGGGGCAGCAGGUCUGGCUUCAGAGACAGAACACCCAGCACCUUCGGCGUCCCCGAAAGCCCCUACAGACGGCCCUCAGGAUACAUGUAACACACUGCCCUAUUCACCACACUUCCCUAUUCACUCAUUCACAUAUAUCAUGUAAGACGCAACAUAUAUUCUCGACAAACAUGUUUAAUUUCUCCCUGCCAGUCCUGAGCGGUACUAUGACGAGGAUGACUACGGCCUGCCUGACACGCCUCCGAGAACCCCAUUCCGGACCCUCCCAGACCCUCGUUCUGAGCUUGCCUUUGGGGCGCGGCCCCCUCCCCCCAUCCCCGAGGGCCUCCCUCUGAGUCUGGCCCCCCUCCCGGACAGUGACCCCUACAGUGAGGAGGAGGAGGAGGAGGAGGGGCCAGAACCUUGGCGUGUGGGACCCCCUUUCCCUCCGUUCCUUGACAGACGGGGGCCAGGUGGUGGAGGUGGUGGAGAUGGUGGAGGUGGAGGCCCACGGAGAGUCUAUGAGAGUAAGCCCUCUCUUACUGUGCAUUACUGGGUUUACUGCAUUACUGUCAUUUUGUCAAUGCUGCUGCAUUACCCAAAAUAUUUCACAUUCAUUUUAAGAUGUAAACUUAGCCUAGGCCCUGCGAAGAAUGUGUGUUUGAUUAGAAAUCUGUUCAUAGUUCUGACCAUCUCCGCCUCUCCCUGUCCCAGGACGAUAUGAGCCGUAUGCAGGCCUGAGCACAGAGGACUGUGGGAUACUGCACGGCUGUGAGAACGGCAGGUGUAUCCGUGUGGCGGAGGGAUACACGUGUGACUGCUACGAGGGCUACGAGCUGGACAUGACCUCCAUGGCCUGCAUAGGUAGGUAUCCCUCCUCACACAAUCCACAAGACAAACCCUUCAACUAAUUGCAGUUGUCUAAAUGCAAAACUCCCUGCCUUUCACGAGUCCUUCGAACCUUAUGCCUUUCAAUCUAUAUACUGUAUGCAUCACAAAGCAAGAGCCAUUCUCUUAUUCUCAGAUUGACAUUUAUCUUACAGUAAAAUCUUUAGAUUUACCAGUGCAAUGGAUAAUCUAGAUAUUUCCGGGGAAAUGUAUAGAUUUACCGUUUUACACAUCUACCGGAACAUACACUACCGGUCAAAAGUUUUAGAACUCCUACUCAUUCAAGGAUUUUUCUUUAUUUUUACUAUUUUCUACAUUGUAUAAUAAUAGUGAAGACAUCAAAACUAUGAAAUAACACAUAUGGAAUAAUGUAGUAACCAAAAAGGUAUUUUAUAUUUUAGAUUCUUCAAAUAGCCACCCUUUGCCUUGAUGACAGCUUUGCACACUCUUGGCAUUCUCUCAACCAGCUUCACCUGGAAUGCUUUUCCAACAGUCUUGAAGGAGUUCCCACAUAUGCUGAGCACUUGUUGGCUGCUUUUACUUCACUCUGCGGUCUGACUCAUCCCAAACCAUCUCAAUUUGGUUGAGGUCGUGGGAUUGUGGAGUGCAGGUCAUCUGAUGCAGCACUCCAUCACUCUCCUUCUUGGUAAAAUAGCCCUUACACAGCCUGGAGGUGUGUUGGGUUAUUGUCCUGUUGAAAAACAAAUGAAAGUCCCACUAAGCCCAGAUGGGAUGGCGUAUCGCUGCAGAAUGCUGUGGUAGUCAUGCUGGUUAAGUGUGCCUUGAAUUCUAAAUAACUCACAGACAGUGUCACCAGCAAAGCACCCCCACACCAUAACACCUCCUCCUCCAUGCUUUACGGUGGGAAAUACACAUGCGGAGAUCAUCCGUUCACCCACACCACGUCUCACAAAGACACGGCGGUUGGAACCAGAAAUCUCCAGUUUGGACUCCAGACCAAAGGACACAUUUCCAAAGGUCUAAUGUCCAUUGCUCGUGUUUCUUUGCCCAAGCAAGUCUCUUCUUAUUAUUGGUGUCCUUUAAUAGUGGUUUCUUUGCAGCAAUUCGACCAUGAAGGCCGGAUUCACACAGUCUCCUCUGAACAGUUGAUGUUGAGAUGUGUCUGUUACUUGAACUCUGUGAAGCAUUUAUUUGGGCUGCAAUUUCUGAGGCUGGUAACUCUAAUGAACUUAUCCUCUGCAGCAGAGAUAACUCUGGGUCUUCCAUUCCUGUAGCUGUCCUCAUGAGAGCCAGUUUCAUCAUAGCACUUUAUGGUUUUUGUGACUGCACUUGAAGAAACUUUCAAAGUUCUUCAAAUGUUCUGUAUUGACUGACCUUCAUGUCUUAAAGUAAUGAUGGACUGUCGUUUCUCUUUGCUUAUUUGAGCUGUUCUUGUCAUAAUAUGGACUUGGUCUUUUACCAAAUAGGGCUAUCUGCAUUCCAGGUGACUGUCACCUCAUGAAGCUGGUUGAGAGAAUGCCAAGUGUGUGCAAAGCUGUCAUCAAGGCAAAGGGUGACUUGAUUGUUUAACACUUUUUUUGGUUACUACAUGAUUCCAUAUGUGUUAUUUCAUAGUUUUGAUGUCUUCACUAUUAUUCUAUAAUGUAGAAAAUAGUACAAAUAAAAAAAAAAACACUUGAAUGAGUAGGUGUUCUAAAACUUUUGACCGGUAGUGUAUAUACAUUUGGACGUUCACUGAUUCGUAUGUACAGUUGAUGUCGGAAGUUUACAUACACUUAGGUUGGAGUCAUUAAAACUUGUUUUUCAACCACUCCACACAUUUCUUAUUAACAAACUAUCAUUUUAGCAAGUCGGUUAGGAUAUCUACUUUGUGCAUGACACAAGUAAUUUUUCCAACAAUUGUUUACAGACAGAUUAUUUCACUUAUAAUUCACUGUAUCACAAUUCCAGUGGGUCAGAAGUUUACAUACACUAUGUUGACUGUAACUUUGAACAGCUUGGAAAAUUGCUUUAGAAGCUUCUGAUAGGCUAAUUGACAUCAUUUGAGUCAAUUGGAGGUGUACCUGUGGAUGUAUUUCAAGGCCUACCGUCAAACUCAGUGCCUCUUUGCUUGACAUCAUGGAAAAAUCAAAAGAAAUCAGCCAAGACCUCUGAAAAAAAUUUGUAGACCUCCACAAGUCUGGUUCAUCCUUGGGAGCAAUUUCCAAACGCCUGAAGGUACCACGUUCAUCUGUACAAACAAUACAAAUCAAUCCCAGAACAACAGCAAAGGACCUUGUGAAGAUCCUGGAGGAAACGGGUACAAAAGUAUCUAUAUCCACAUUAAAACAAGUCCUAUAUCGACAUAACCUGAAAGGCCGCUCAGCAAGGAAGAAGUCACUGCUCCAAAACCGCCAUAAAAAAGCCUGACUAUGGUUUGCAACUGAACAUGGGGACAAAGAUCUUACUUUUUGGAGAAAUGUCCUCUGGUCUGAUGAAACAAAAAUAGAACUGUUUGGCCAUAAUUACCAUUGUUGUGUUUGGAGGAAAAAGGGGAAGGCUUGCAAGCCGAAGAACACCAUCCCAACCGUGAAGCGCGGGGGUGGCAGCAUCAUGCUGUGGGGGGUGCUUUGCUGCAGGAGGGACUGGUGCACUUCACAAAAUAGAUGGCAUCAUGAGGAAGGAAAAUUAUGUGGAUAUAUUGAAGCAACAUCUCAAGACAUCAGUCAGGAAGUUAAAGCUUGGUCGCAAAUGGGUCUUCCAAAUGGACAAUGACCCCAAGCAUACUUCCAAAGUUGUGGCAAAAUGGCUUAAGGACAACAAAGUCAAGGUAUUGGAGUGGCCAUCACAAAGCCCUGACCUCAAGCCUAUAGAACAUUUGUGGGCAGAACUGAAAAUGUGUGUGCGAGCAAGGAGGCCUACAAACCUGAUUCAGUUACAUCAGCUCUGUCAGGAGGAAUAGGCCAAAAUUCACCCAACUUAUUGUGGGAAGCUUGUGGAAGGCUACCCAAAACGUUUGACCCAAGUUAAACAAUUUAAAGGCAAUGCUACAAAAUACUAAUUGAGUGUAUGUAAACUUUUGACCCACUGGGAAUGUGAUGAAACAAAUAAAAGCUGAAAUAAAUCAUUCUCUCUACAAUUAUUCUGACAUUUCACAUUCUUAAAAUAAAGUGGUGAUCCUAACUGACCUAAGACAGGGAAUUUUUACUAGGAUUAAAUGUCAGGAAUUGUGAAAAACUGAGUUUAAAUGUAUUUGGCUAAGGUGUAGGUAAACUUCCGACUUCAACUGUAUGUGUUUUCACUUGUAUAUUUGUUCUGCUUCUAUGCCCAGACAUCAAUGAAUGUGAGGAUCCUGACAACGUGUGUGUGAAUGGCCGAUGCAUCAACACAGACGGCUCCUAUCGCUGUGUGUGUCACCGAGGCUACGUCAUGUCCCGUCGGCCCAACCACUGUGUGGCAGCAUAG